AUGAACGUCACUUGUAAAAAUAGAUCUGAUGUAAUACGGUCAGCCUUGAAGAAAUACUGCAUAUCACCCACAUAUAAGUUUCCUUUUGGCUUGACAAGAAAUUGCAUUCCGGCAUUCCUUUUAAUUGCUUCAUUUCCUCACUUUGUGUGUGUGUGCGUGUGUGUGUGUGUGUGUGCGUGUGUGUGUUUGUGUGUGUGUGCGUGUGUGUGUACGUGUGUGUGUAUGUGUGUGUGUGUGGGUGUGUACAUGAACUGUUGUGUGUGACUGUGUUGCCUCCGGAGGUUCAGCACCUGAAUCUCAAGACCUUGAAAUCCCUCUCUGUUUGUACCUGGGAUACUAUCUUUCACAGGUUCCAAUGGUGUUCAUUUACCAAAAAUGCCCCAUAACCUGCAUAGCUCAAAUGUUUGUAUACCCACACAAAUGUGUUCCUGUGUAUAUUCUGUGGUAUGCUGUGUGUCACUUUUCCCCAUAGAGAGCCCCAAGAGUAACUUUCCAGCCCCUAGACGUACAUGUCUGCAUCUGAAAAUAGCUCAAACCGCAGCAGCGCUGCUUGGACAGGCAGGGGUUGACUCUGUCACGUCUUUUGCCUCCAGAAACCAGGAUCACACUUGUCGGACCUUAACCCUGCAAGUCGAUGCGGUGAGAUCUGCUGUGCCGCCCGUCCAGAAAACAGAUAUAGGGAGAGGAGCUUCAUAAAACAUCACGGAUGUGUUUUCAUUCUAACACCUGGCGUGUCUCGCUCUUCAUGUCUGGUGAGAUAUGUUUCUUCCUUCUCUUUGAGUUAUGUAUUAGAUACAUGCUGCUGCCUCAUGGCAGGUUAGCUUGCCUGGCUGGUUGUUCGCGGCAGGUAGCCUAGCGGUUAGAGCAGUGGGCCAGUAACCGCAAGGUCGCUAGUUUGAAUCCCCAAGCAGACAAGAUGAAACAUCUGCCUACGUGCUCUUGAGCAAGGCACUUCAACCUAAUCGCUCCAGGGUCACCGUUGAUAAUGGCAGACCCUGGCUGUGACAUUACUCGCCAAGGGUGUCUCAGGGGGAGUUGGGAAAUGCAAAAAACACAUUUCCAAUUCACUCAUGCGUAUUAAUAUACAUGUGAGAUAUAGGACAGCUAUAAGCGCCCACCUAAAUAUAAAUUUUUAUCUCAGCUGAAUGAGGAGGUGAUAAAUUGUAUAUUGUACCAUUAAGUCAACACAGGGGGAAAAAAAUAGUAUGGAGUCUUCAACUCUCUUUCUUUGACCAAUUAGAGUUAUUAAUAGUUUUUUUAAAUGUAUGAAUUAGAAUAAGCUACUAGUAAUUAUACUCGAGACUGUGAGAAGAUUGGUGUGGUGUUAUGGAAUACGUAAUGUAGGCUACUCACUGUACAUGGCACGCUUCAUUAUGCUACAUGGUACAUGGCCUUGUACAGUCUUAUAUGAUAUAAGUAUGAGUAGUCAUGUUCAAGGUUUCCUUUGACCUCAAAAUAUGUCAUUACAGAUAUGCCACGCUUCCGUAAAUCAACUUUGUGUGACUGCUGAAGCAGUGGCUGACAAAACAUGGUUACGUCCCAAAUGGAAUCAAAAGCAGUGGACUAUAUAGGAAAUAGAGUUCCAUUUGGGAUGCCACCUCGGUUAUGGAUAAUGGGACUCUUCACCUGGAAAGCAAAAGAGUCGCGAGGUCUGGGAUGGUUUGACUGACAGGGUUGAGGUUGAGAGACCUUCGGAGAACUACCGUAGAAAGUGAUGAGGGCUGAGCAGUGAUGAUACAGGCAGGAGAGGGGACAUCAUUCCAUAGGGCAGGCUGGGUGUCUUCUAAUGGGAAGGAGACCAGAUAAGUGCAGGGUGAGUAGAGUUCAUCCACUGAUAUAGUGUGAUAUAUACUGAACAAAAAUAUAAACGCAACAUGCAAUUUCAACGAUUUUACUGAGUUACAGUUCAUAUAAGGAAAUCAGUCAAUUGAAAUAAAUUAAUUAGGCCCUAGUCUAUGGAUUUCACAUGACUGGGUAGGGGCGCAGCCAUGGGUGGGCCUGGGAGGGCAUAGGCACACUCCCUGGGGAGCUGGCCCAGCCAAUCAGAAUGAGGUUUUCUCCACGAAAGGGCUUUAUUACAGACAUAAAUACUCCUCAGUUUCAUCAGCUGUCCGGGUGGCUGAUCUCAGACGAACCCACAGCUGAAGAAGCCGGAUGAGGAGGUCCUGGGCUGGCGUAGUUACACGUGGUCUGCGGUUGUGAGGCCGGUUGGAUAUACUGCCAAAUUCUCUAAAAUGACAUUAGAGGCAGGUUAUGGUAGAGAAAUGAACAUUUAAUUAUCUGGCAACAGCUCUGGUGGACAUUCCUGCAGUCAGUAUGCCAACUGCAUGCUCCCUCAAAACUUGAGACAUCUGUUGCAUUGUGUUGUGUGACAAAACAGCACAUUUUAGAGUGGCCUUUUAUUGUCCCCAGCACAAGGUGCACCUGUGUAAUGAUCAUGCUGUUUAAUCAGCUUCAUGAUAUGUCACACCUGUCAGAUGGAUGAAUUAUCUUGGCAAAUGAGAAAUGUUCACUAACAGGGAUGUAAACAAAUUUGUGCACAACAUUUGAGUGAAAUAAGCUUUUUGUGCGUUUGGAAAAGUUCUGGGAUCUUUAAUUUCAGCACAAGAAACUUGGGACCAACACUUUACAUUGCGUUUAUAUUUUUGUUCAGUAUAGUAUGAUAUAGUGUGGUCUGGGCUUUAGCCCUCUGAUGGUAUAGUUUUGGGUUAUAGCAGUGUACUUUGCCAGGUUUAUAUAGGGUUUGCAUAACAUUUUUCUCUUCGAUGUUCAGUAAGGUAUAGUGGAUUAGUCAGUGCUUAGUUUACAGUAUGGAGUGCUGCACAAGUCUGUAAAAGAUAAUCACUAUUGACUUUCACAGUAAUCAUUUUUCCAUUAAGUUUUCCAUCUGUGGAAACUCUGCUCGCUCCACUGUUUGAUUUUGGUCCUUUAGCACACGGUGUACACGACACAAUAAUUAAAAGGUGCAAAACAUUAAAUGGAGCUGCCGACAGAUGCAGGCUUGCGUCAGGUGGAAUGGCGGACUUAUAACUCAAGUCCGUGAAACCACAAGAAGGAGCGCAAGGCUGUGUGAAAAAGGUGAUUGCGCAAUAUGUAUAAGAUUGUCAAUCAACAGCGGGCAGGAAAGAGUUCCUUAUAUGAGCAUGGCAAAGCCUUUCAAUACCUAUUUUAAUGCAGAAUUCUGGUACCGAUUAUAAAGAGCUGGUGUUUCACAUUGUAGGCAUAAUUAUACUAAAAGUUAAACAAGACUCAAGUCCUGUAUAUCAGGGCAAUAUCUGACACUUAUGCUUAAUGUAUGUAUUUAUAACUGCAUAAAAGCUGGAAAUCCAUAAUCCAUCAGCAGAUAGUUUUAUUAAAGUAAAUAGAGUAUAGAAAUAAUAUGGUAAAAAUACAUAUAAUAGCAUUUAGCUUCCACCCUUCAGUGAAUAUUAUCCUGUAGUUCAUAGCCCUUGAAUGCACUUUUGCAUAACAAUGAGUGCUAUCCAGGAACAGGGACGAGUUCCAUUAAUUCCUGCACCAUUAAAAAAGUCAGGAAGGCAGUCCUACAGUAAUUCAUAAGGUGGUGGACCAUGUAGUCAGUGGCCUUAAAGAUCAGAACCCUCCCUCCCAGGAGAAGGAGGCAGAGACUGGCAGCUAGCAUCUCUCUCCAGACUAUCUGGCAGCUAGCCUCUCUCUCUCUCCAGACUCUCUGGCAGCUAGCAUCUCUAUCUCCAGACUCUUUGGCAGCUAACCUCUCUCUCUCCAGACUCUCUGGCAGCUAGCCUCUCUCUCUCCAGACUCUAUGGCAGCUAGUCUCUCUCUCCCCAGACUCUCUGGCAGCUAGCCUCUCUCUAUUACCAGACUCUCUGGCAGCUAACCUCUCUCUCCCCAGACUCUCUGGCAGCUAGUCUUUCUCUCUCCCCAGACUCUCUGGCAGCUAGUCUCUCUCUCUCCCCAGACUCUCUGGCAGCUAGUCUCUCUCUCUCCCCAGACUCUAUGGCAGCUAGCAUCUCUCUCUCCAGACUCUAUGGCAGCUAGCAUCUCUCUCUCCAGACUCUAUGGCAGCUAGCAUCUCUCUCUCCAGACUCUCUGGCAGCUAGCCUCUCUCUCUCCAGACUCUCUGGCAGCUAGCAUCUCUCUCCCCAGACUCUCUGGCAGCUAGCCUCUCUCUCUCUCCAGACUCUCUGGCAGCUAGCAUCUCUCUCCCCAGACUCUAUGGCAGCUAGCAUCUCUCUCUCCAGACUCUCUGCCAGCUAGCCUCUCUCUCUCCAGACUCUCUGGCAGCUAGCAUCUCUCUCUCCAGACUAUCUGGCAGCUAGCAUCUCUCUCCCCAGACUCUCUGGCAGCUAGCCUCUCUCUAUCCCCAGACUCUCUGGCAGCUAACCUCUCUCUCUCCAGACUCUCUGCCAGCUAGCCUCUCUCUCUCCAGACUCUCUGGCAGCUAGUCUCUCUCUCCCCAGACUCUCUGCCAGCUAGCCUCUCUCUCUCCAGACUCUCUGCCAGCUAGCCUCUCUCUCCCCAGACUCUCUGCCAGCUAGCCUCUCUCUCUCCAGACUCUCUGCCAGCUAGCCUCUCUCUCCCCAGACUCUCUGGCAGCUAGUCUUUCUCUCUCCCCAGACUCUCUGGCAGCUAGCCUCUCUCUCUCCAGGCUGUGCUGGAGGGCUUGAAUGACCGGGGUAUUUUUAACUUUGUCUUAACUUUGUACCACCGUGAAGGAGUGACUUUUCUGUGACUGUACCGCUGUUUCCUGAAACAUAGCUCAUGUCUCAUGUGUUUUUGGUUGUAUUGUGAGGAAGUGUUUGGUAUCUUCUGUGGUUGUUUUUUGAGGAUUAGUGUUUUUGAAUUGACUAUUAAAUGGGUCUUAGUGCAUUAUAAUGUGUUUCAUGUUUACUACUAAAUUUGAACACAUCUAGGCUCUAAUCAUUAUAUCUGUCAGAGAUCUCAUGAGCAAGCUGUUUGAAGCUCCCAAUUUGAAACUGUUAUCUGAGAGAUGAUCUUGUGUUAGAAGCCUUCUUAGAAUACUCGUCUUUCUUAGCUUAUUAGUUGAUGAUCAGCAGGGGAUUUCGCCAAAGGUUAAACACCCAAUUAACAGAUGCUUCUCAGACCCCAGGGACUGGCCACUACUGGAAGGAAUUUAGGGUGCGUACCAAAUGGCCCCCUAUUCCCUUUAUAGUGCACUACUUUGGACUAGGGCCCAUAGGGCUCUGGUCCAAAGUAGUGCACUAUAUAGGGAAUAGGGUGCCAUCUGGGACACGUCCUUAGCCGUGCUGCCCUGCUGCAGAGCGGAGGCGGCUGUGAAUCUCCUUCCCAGGGAGAUAUUUGUUUGGUAACAUUAAGGAGAGAAUUCCGGCACCAUGCCUGCUAUGGGAUGCUUGUGUAUGCAUUGCCUGGCUCCCACUUAACCCUGGUUGGCACUGUGUGCGAGGGGGUAGGAACCCAACCCACUACCCUCAUUGAGACAGUCUGAGAGACACUGUAGCAUUUUAUUACUGCCUGCUGCCUGUCUUCAUCUGACUCCUCUUCAUACAGUAUGUGUUAGAAUGUGUAGAAUAUAGAGCUAUUGACAUGGAUGUGUAGAAUGUAGAGCUAUUGACAUGGAUGUGUAGAAUAUAGAGCUAUUGACAUGGAUGUGUAGAAUGUAGAGCUAUUGACAUGGAUGUGUAGAAUGUAGAGCUAUUGACAUGGAUGUGUAGAAUAUAGAGCUAUUGACAUGGAUGUGUAGAAUGUAGAGCUAUUGACAUGGAUGUGUAGAAUGUAGAGCUAUUGACAUGGAUGUGCAGAAUGUUGAGCUAUUGACAUGGAUGUGUAGAAUGUAGAGCUAUUGACAUGGAUGUGUAGAAUGUAGAGCUAUUGACAUGGCUGUGAGUGAGAGUGUAUGUGGAAAAUCUGCCAAGCUGGGAAACAGCCAAUUGGAGCCAGUGCAUUCCCCUUGAGGAUCCAUACUGAACGAGUCUUUGACGUUUUAAGGAAUGCAUUCUGCCAGUGCCUGCACAGCAAGAGCAGUGCAGGACUUUAACAUUUACCCCCCAUUGCUUGGAAUGACAGGGUUCUGAAAAUGCAAGGUUUUCUCCUGUGCUGAGUUCUGCAUUAUCCUUGUUGUACCUCUACCUACUGUAGGUAGGUGCUGUGGCAAAGAAUGAAACCAGGUUAAAUAGUAGUAGCAGAGGUUGGUGUAAAAUAGGCGUAUGCUCCAUCGUCCUCUCACUCUCACAGGUACACACUUGGAGCGGUGCUGUCAAACUGUCAUCUUGCCAGCUCACAAUUUGUCAAGGUCGAGGUAAGGAGUAGACCAAGGCGCAGCGUGAUGAACAAACAUGACUUUAAUUAGUUAAAGCGUCAAAACACAAAACAAAACACGACUCGUGACGUCCACGGUAUCAAUGACCGAACACGGAACAAAAACCCACAACCACAAAGGGAAAACAUACAGUUUAAAUAUGGCUCCCAAUCAGAGACAACCAGCCAACAGCUGACACUCGUUGCCUCUGAUUGGGAGUCACUCAGGCAAACAUAGAAUACAACAAACUAGAAUGAACACCAACAUAGAAAUACACACAUAGAAAUGAACACACCCUGGCUCAACAUAAAGAGUCCCAGAGCCAGGGUGUGACAGUACCCCCCCCUAAAGGCGCGGACUGCGACCGCGCCUCAACUAAACAAACCAAGGGAGGGCUGGGCAGGCAUACCUCCUCGGCGGCGGUUCUGGCUCCGGCCUUGACCACCACCCUCCAAUACACCCCCCAUAGUACCCCUGGUCCAGUCUGGCCCCGCCGGCUGGAGCAGGACUGGACUUAGGAGGAACGGGCCUUACCAGGCUGACGACGCGCACCCCUGGCUUGAUGCGUGGAGGAGGAACGGGCCUUACCAGGCUGACGACUCGCACCCCUGGCUUGGUGCGUGGAGAAGGAACGGGCCUUACCAGGCUGACUACUCGCACCCCUGGCUUGGUGCGUGGAAGAGGGACGGGCCUUACCAGGCUGACUUCUCGCACCCCUGGCUUAGUGCGAGUGGCAGGAACAGGCCGGACCGGGCUAGCGACGCGCCACCGUAGGUUUGGGUGCGAGUGGCAGGAACAGGCCGGGUCGGGCUGGCGACGCGCACCGUUAGACUUGGUGCGGGUGGCAGGAACAGGCCGGACCGGGGCUGGCGACGCGCACCGUAGACUUGGUGCGGGUGGCAGGAACAGGCCGGGACCGGGCUGGCGACGCGCACCGUAGGUUUAGUGCGUGGAGCAGGGACAGGGCCGGGCUGGGCUGUCGACGCACACCGUAGGCUGGGUGCGUGGAGCAGGGACAGGCCGGGCUGGGCUGUCGACGCACACCGUAGGCUUGGUGCGUGGAGCAGGGACAGGCCGGGCUGGGCUGUCGACGCACACCGUAGGCUUGGUGCGUGGAGCAGGGACAGGCCGGGCUGGGCUGUCGACGCACACCGUAGGCUUGGUGCGUGGAGCAGGGACAGGCCGGGCUGGGCUGUCGACGCACACCGUAGGCUUGGUGCGUGGAGCAGGGACAGCCGGACUGGGCUGGCGACGCACACCGUAGGUUAGUGCGUGGAGCAGGACAGGCCGGGCUGGGGCUGUCGACGCACACCGUAGGCUUGGUGGCGUGGAGCAGGGACAGGCCGGGCUGGGCUGGCGACGCACACCGUAGUGCUUGGUGCGUGGAGCAGGGACAGGCCGAACCGGGCUGUGGAGACGGAUAGGAGGCCUGGAGUGAAGAGCGGCCCCACCACCCGUCCUGGCUGAAUGCCUACCCUCACACACUCUGUGUGAGGCAUCCGCACAGGACGGUGAACCCCUGGCCUGGUUGGCCUUCUGGAUCCGCCCCCUUUUCUCCUCCGUCAGCCCCGUCGUCCAUGCCGUGUGCCCCCCCCUAAAAAUUUUCUGGGGUUGCCUCACGACCGUCCGACGACGACCCUGAUCACGCCGUAGCUCCUCUCUACGGCACGCCUCCACCGUCUCUUCUCCCGGCGCUUCCUCCCAUGUCCAGCCCAAGAGCUGCCCCUGGACACGCUGCUUGGUCGUUGCAUGGUGGGUUUUUCUGUCAAGGUCGAGGUAAGGAGUAGACCAAGGCGCAGCGUGAUGAACAAACAUGACUUUAAUUAGUUAAAGCGUCAAAACACAAAACAAAACACGACUCGUGACGUCCACGGUAUCAAUGACCGAACACGGAACAAAAACCCACAACCACAAAGGGAAAACAUACAGUUUAAAUAUGGCUCCCAAUCAGAGACAACCAGCCAACAGCUGACACUCGUUGCCUCUGAUUGGGAGUCACUCAGGCAAACAUAGAAUACAACAAACUAGAAUGAACACCAACAUAGAAAUACACACAUAGAAAUGAACACACCCUGGCUCAACAUAAAGAGUCCCAGAGCCAGGGUGUGACACAAUUCAAUAUAACCUUUUCUCUUUCCCAACAACAAUGUUCUUAUAGUGACACGGAGUACCAAAACACAUGGGAGCAGUUAAGUGAAUUAUCUCUGGUUCUUAACAUAUAAUCCCCAGAAAUGCCCUGUGUACUGUCCUCCAGAAUUAAUAAACAGUAGCUGAACAACACUUAAACUGGCCUGUCCUUCACUUAAUGGGAUUGUGGAUCCAGAUCCAGAAAUCAAUUUUUAGGUCGCAUAAGACUUGUUUGUGUUCACAUUCUUUGUUCACAAAUAUACUUUACAUAAAUAGCCUGAAUCUAAUUCAGUAAUUCAGUAGGGAAGCAGAGAUUUUGGAUGCCUUUUUUCCAACGCUUUCUGCAUUCUCUGUGCAGAGAGCAGUCUCUUCUCUCAGUCCUGCUGUAGCUCAGAUGCUGUGUGAUUUCAGCUGGGAGAGAAGCUUGUUGAAGAUUAAGGUAGAUUUUGGUUGGUUGAGAACCCCAGAGGCCUAUCAUAAUCUGCACUUCUUCCAGCUCUCCAACUGCACUAGAUUUAGACUAGACAGGUAUUUUAUCUAACAACCAACAUCAUCAUCAAACAAGGCAACCCAUUUACACUUUUACAACAACAGGUUCGUAAUGUGUGUUCUUUGAUAGCAGUUUUUGUGUAUUUUGCGUAAUAGGCUACUUUAUAUUAUUAUGGUUUGUUAUGUUGCUUGCUGACUGUGCUGCCUAUUCCAAUCACACCAAGUGACAGUUUAUGAUGUGAUUUAUAGCCAUGUUUAUAUAUAGGCUCUGAACCAUCUAGAUGCAUCUGUAGAAGAGCCUGUUCCUCUAGCUCGGUCCCAAAUGGCACCCUAUUCCCUAUAGGGCUCUGGUCAAAAGUAGUGCACUAUCAAGGGAAUAGGGUGCCAUUUGGGACACAGCCUCAGUGUGGAGCAGCUUGGCUCUGACUUCUGAAGGACAAGUGAAGUGCAGGUUGUUAUACUACUGUAUCUACACUGAACUAAAAUAUAAACGUGCAACAAUUUCAAAGAUUUUACUGAGUUACAGUUCAUAUAAGGAAAUCAGUCAAUUCACAUGACUGGGAAUACAGAUAUGCAUCUGUUGGUCACAGAUACCUUUAAAAAAAAGUAGGGGCGUGGAUCAGAAAAUCAGUCAGUAUCUUGUGUGACCACCAUUUGCCUCAAGCAGCAUGACACAUCUCUGUCAGAAUGGUGUGUGUAGAUGAGUGGAAGGAAUCAAGCGCAGGAUCCAGGAUGACUUCAAUAGUCUUUAUAGUACGUUCAACACGUGAACAAAAAUAGUCGCCAACCCAACCGGGUGGCGCAAAACAAUUACGCACAAAACACAGUGCGUAAAACACAAGAAAAGCGCACGCAGUGCGAACUCUCGGGACAAGCCAAACAACGAGAGAAAAUACCCUGACGAGGCAGUCUGACAAUAAACAAUCACGCAUAACACCUGACCCAAACACACAAACUAAAUAAGGGAAACAAUUAAGACACAAAUAAGGGACAGGUGUUAUGAAACAGACAAAACCAACAGAACAUGAAACAUAGAACGGUGGCAGCUAGUACUCCGGAGACGACGACCGCCGAAGCCUGCCCGAACAAGGAAGAGGAGCAGCCUCGGCCGAAACCGUGACAGUACCCCCCCCCUUGACGCGCGGCUCCAGCCGUGCGCCGACCCGGAGCUCGGGGACGACCCGGACGACGCGGAGCAGGGCGCGCAGGAUGACCCCGAUGGAAAUCGGUCAGUAGGGACUGGUCUAAGACGUCCCUCCUUGGCACCCAGCACCGCUCCUCCGGGCCGUACCCCUCCCACUCCACGAGAUAUUGAAGACCCCCCAUCCGGCGUCUAGAAUCCAGGAUGGACCUCACGGUGUACGCCGGAGCCCCCUCGAUGUCCAACGGGGGCGGAGGAGUCUCCUCAAUCUCAAAGUCCUGGAGUGGACCAGCUACCACCGGCCUGAGGAGAGACACAUGGAACGAGGGGUUAAUAUUUUUGUAAUCAACAGGUAGUUCUAACCUAUAACUCACCUCGUUCAAUCUCCUCAGGACUUUAAAUGGCCCCACAAACCGCCGACCCAGCUUCCGGCAGGGCAGGCGGAGGGGCAGGUUUCUGGUUGAGAGCCAGACUCGAUCUCCAGGUGCGUACACUGGCCCCUCACUGCGGUGUAGGUCGGCGCUCGUCUUCUGUCGACGUAUGGCACGCUGCAGAUGGACGUGUGCAGCGUCCCACGUCUCCUCCGAGCGCCGCACCCACUCAUCCACAGCGGGGGCCUCGAUCUGGCUCUCAUGCCAUGGUGCCAGAACCGGCUGGUACCCUAAUACACACUGAAAAGGGGUUAGUUGGGUGGAGGAGUGGCGAAGAGAGUUCUGUGCCAUCUCGGCCCAGGGCACAUAUCUCGCCCACUCCUCCGGCCGGCCCUGACAGUAUGACCUCAGAAACCUACCCACAUCCUGGUUGACACGUUCAACCUGCCCAUUACUCUCCGGGUGGUACCCCGAGGUAAGGCUUACCGAAACCCCCAACCGUUCCAUAAAUGCUCUCCACACCCUAGAGGUGAACUGGGGGCCUCGGUCAGACACUAUAUCCUCGGGUACCCCGUAAUGCCGGAAGACAUGGGUGAACAGAGCCUCAGCGGUCUGUAGGGCAGUGGGUAGACCCGGCAUGGGAAGGAGACGACAGGCCUUAGAGAACCGAUCCACAACGACCAGGAUGGUAGUAUUCCCCUGUGAGGGGGGGAGGUCGGUAACAAAAUCCACCGAGAGGUGGGACCAGGGUCGUUGUGGAAUAGGCAGGGGUUGUAACUUACCCCUGGGCAAAUGUCUGGGCGCCUUACACUGGGCACACACCGAACAGGAGGAGACAUAAAUCCUCACAUCCCUAGCUAACGUUGGCCACCAGUACUUCGUGCUAAGGCAGUGCACUGUCCGGCCGAUACCCGGAUGGCCAGAGGAGGGGGACGUAUGAGCCCAACAAAUGAGGCGAUCGCGUACCUCGAGCGGAACGUACGUCCGACCCACAGGACACUGUGGAGGACUCGGGUCGGUGCGUAAACGCCCCGCUCGAUCUCACCAUCAACCUCCCACACCACCGGAGCAACCAGACAAGACUCCGGUAGUAUGGGCGUGGACUCAACUGACCUCUCCUCUGCGUCAUAACCGCCGAGACAGAGCAUCUGCCUUCCCGUUCUGGGACCCAGGGAUGUAUGUGAUCUUAAACACAAACCGGGCUUGGGGACCAGCCAAAGAAAGGCCCCCUGGCCCGAGGUCCCCCUCCUUGGAAAGGGGAAAAAAAGUCCAUGUUAAAAAGGGCCGAGGUAAAGGUUUUAGCCCCCUCCCCCCCCACUCGGGGGCGAAUAAAAAACGUUGGGGGGGCCCCCUUCCCCCCCUUAAACCUGGUUUAACCAAAACCCGGUUUAACCCCUUCCCUUUGGGGCUCCUUACGCAACGCCCCGGGGGUACUUCUUAAAUACGCAAAAAACUGGAAAAGGGGAGAAACCCCUGGAAAACCGCUUUCCGGCCUUGGCUGUCCCCACCCCCCUACUGGAACCGGUAAGGAAGGAAAAAAAACCCGGGAAAUUUUAUGGCCAACACCCCCGGGGCCCGGGCCCCGAGGUUAAACAGGGGCCUUACCCCAAAUUUUCUGCUAGUACCACCGGAAACGGGGGGACCGUUUCCCCCCUUUAAACCCCAGAGGGGACCUUAAAAGGGGCUCCAAACCUUUUUAAAAAAUCUCGGCGCCCAGGGCUACAUGCUUCAGCCGGGUAGACUACUACACCAUAAUGUCGUCGAUGUACACCACUACUCCUGUCCCUGCAUGUCCCGAAAAUCUCAUCGACGAGGAUUGGAAGAUUGGAGGGAGCAUUCAUCAACCCAUAUGGCAUGACUAGAUACUCGUAGUGUCCUCGAGUCGUGCAAACGCUUUCUCCCUUCAUCGCCCGCCUCGAAGGCUUACCAAGUUAUAUGCGCAUCCUAGAUCCAAUUUUUGUAAGAACUGCGCACGUGGCAGGACUCCCGUCAUAGUCGCAAUCAGCGGAGUGGAUAGCUGUACGUCAACUGGAUCCUGAUUGAGACCCGCGGUAUCAAUACACGGGCCGCAUACCUUCCAUCCUUUUUCUUACAAAAAAGACCUUGAGGAAGCGGGUGAAACGGAGGGCGUAUGUAUCCCUGUCUCAGAGACCAGAGAUGUAUGUCCCAUAGCCUUUCUCUCCUCUUGAGACACGGGAUACACAUGCUCCGCGGGAAGCUGCGUCCUUACUGGAAUCUAUCGCACAAUCCCCCCGUCUAUGACGGCAGCUGCGGCCGCCGAGUCUUACUGAACGCCGUGCCAAAUCCUCAUAACGCGGGGAAUCGGCAGUGCUGGCAUUAAUUUCGGCCUCCUCCACCGGUCGCCCAUAUGGAAACACCCAGACAUCCGCCCCUCACAUCGAGCAACCACCUUUAAGAGCUUUCUCUCCGCCACCCUAUAAUAGGGUCAUGAUUCAUCAACCAGGGAAGACCCGCACUACCGGAUACGAAGGAGAGUCAAAUCAGAUAGAGCUGAAUUCUCUCCUCAUGACCCUCCUGCGCCGUCAUCUGAAUGGGUGCUGUGACUUCCCUAAUCAACCCAGACCCUAACGGACGGCUAUCUAGGGCAUGGACGGGGAAAGGUUUAUCCACUGGAAGGAGGGGAAUCCCUAACUCUAUACAGAACUGGCGAUCUACAAAAUUCCCAGCUGCGCCUGAAUCUACCAGCGCCUUAUGCUGGGAACGAGGUGCAACCUGUGGGAAACAAACAGGCAAGGUUAGGUGCACGACAGAAAGCUCUGGGUAAGCAGGGCGCCUACUCACCUGGGGGGACCCCCCAAUGCGUGACCUGCCAUCUCCCUCACUGGAGGACCCGCCCCAACACCUAGCCGCGGUGUGUCCUCCACGACCACAGUUGGUGCAAGGGCCAGGUCCCCUCGGGCUCCUCCUCCUCCGUUCCCUAGCGCCAGCACCUCCGAGCUCCAUAGGGCUCGGCUCGGAGGUGCUGGAGAGUGGAAUGGGCGAACCCCCCCCUCCGGGACGCCCACGGGUGGCGAGCAGGGUAUCCAGCCGGAUGGCCAUGUCGACCAGCUGGUCGAACGUCAACGACGUGUCCCUGCACGCCAACUCUCGCUGGACGUCCUCCCGGAGGCUGCAGCGGAAAUGGUCGAUAAGGGCCCGCUCAUUCCACCCUGCAUCAGCCGCUAGGGUCCGGAACUCUAAGGCAAAGUCCUGGGCGCUCCUCAUCCCCUGUCGGAGGUAGAACAGACGUUCCCCCGCCGCCUUCCCUUCCGGUGGAUGGUCGAACACAGCACGGAAGCGGCGGGAGAACUCCGCAUAGUUCGUAGUAGCGGCGUCCAUUCUCCUCCACUCGGCGUUGGCCCACUCCAACGCCUUGCCGGUGAGACAGGAGAUGAGGGCUGAGACGCUCUCGUGUCCCGAGGGCGCCGGGUGGACGGUGGCGAGGUAGAGCUCCACCUGCAGCAGGAAUCCUUGACACCCGGCAGUGGAGCCGUCGUACGCCCUCGGGAGCGAGAGCCGAAUCCUACUAGGUUCCGGAGAUGAGACGGGGGGGCUGGCCGAUGGGGCUGGUUCGGUUCCUGGAGGUGUGGGAACCCCGCUGGUCUCCCAUCGGUGCAGAGUAUUCAUCACCCCCUCCAGGGCAUGACAGACCUGGUUGAUGCGGUCCUCCUGACCACGAAGACGUUCAGCCAUCUCGGCCGUCGGCGCGGUCGCUCCUGCUGAUUCCAUGGUGGUGAUGCGUGAUUCUGUCAGAAUGGUGUGUGUAGAUGAGUGGAAGGAAUCAAGCGCAGGAUCCAGGAUGACUUCAAUAGUCUUUAUAGUACGUUCAACACGUGAACAAAAAUAGUCGCCAACCCAACCGGGUGGCGCAAAACAAUUACGCACAAAACACAGUGCGUAAAACACAAGAAAAGCGCACGCAGUGCGAACUCUCGGGACAAGCCAAACAACGAGAGAAAAUACCCUGACGAGGCAGUCUGACAAUAAACAAUCACGCAUAACACCUGACCCAAACACACGAACUAAAUAAGGGAAACAAUUAAGACACAAAUAAGGGACAGGUGUUAUGAAACAGACAAAACCAACAGAACAUGAAACAUAGAACGGUGGCAGCUAGUACUCCGGAGACGACGACCGCCGAAGCCUGCCCGAACAAGGAAGAGGAGCAGCCUCGGCCGAAACCGUGACAAUCUCCUUCACAUAGAGUUGAUCAGGCUGUUGAUUGUGGCCUGUGGAAUGUUGUCCUACUCCUCUUCAAUGGCUGUGCGAAGUUGCUAGAUAUUGGCGGGAACUGGAACACGCUGUCGUACAUGUCGAUCCAGAGCAUCCCAAACAUGCACAAUGGGUGACAUGUCUGGUGAGUAUGCAGGCCAUGGAAGAACUGGGACAUUUUCAGCUUCCAUGAAUUGUGUACAGAUCCUUGCGACAUGGGGCCGUGCAUUAUUAUGCUGAAACACGAGGUGAUGGUGGUGGAUGAAUGGCACAACAAUGGGCCUCAGGAUCUCAUCACGGUAUUUCUGUGCAUUCAAAUUGCCAUCAAUAAAAUGCAAUUGUGUUUGUUGUAGGUACAGUAGGGAAAAAAAGUAUUUAGUCAGCCACCAAUUGUGCAAGUUCUCCCACUUAAAAAGAUGAGAGAGGCCUGUAAUUUCCAUCAUAGGUACACGUCAACUAUGACAGACAAAUUGAGAAUUUUUUUUCCAGAAAAUCACAUUGUAGGAUUUUUAAUGAAUUUAUUUGCAAAUGAUGGUGGAAAAUAAGUAUUUGGUCACCUACAAACAAGCAAGAUUUCUGGAUCUCACAGACCUGUAACUUCUUCUUUAAGAGGCUCCUCUGUCCUCCACUCGUUACCUGUAUUAAUGGCACCUGUUUGAACUUGUUAUCAGUAUAAAAGACACCUGUCCACUACCUCAAACAGUCACACUCCAAACUCCACUAUGGCCAAGACCAAAGAGCUGUCAAAGGACACCAGAAACAAAAUUGUAGACCUGCACCAGGCUGGGAAGACUGAACCUGCAAUAGGUAAGCAGCUUGGUUUGAAGAAAUCAACUGUGGGAGCAAUUAUUAGGAAAUGGAAGACAUACAAGACCACUGAUAAUCUCCCUCGAUCUGGGGCUCCACGCAAGUUCUCACCCCGUGGGGUCAAAAUGAUCACAAGAAUGGUGAGCAAAAAUCCCAGAACCACACAGGGGGACCUAGUGAAUGACCUGCAGAGAGCUGGGACCAAAGUAACAAAGCCUACCAUCAGUAACACACUACGCCGCCAGGGACUCAAAUCCUGCAGUGCCAGACGUGUCCCCCUGCUUAAGCCAGUACAUGUCCAGGCCCGUCUGAAGUUUGCUAGAGUGCAUUUGGAUGAUCCAGAAGAGGAUUGGGAGAAUGUCAUAUGGUCAGAUGAAACCAAAAUAUAACUUUUAGGUAAAAACUCAACUCGUCGUGUUUGGAGGACAAAGAAUGCUGAGUUGCACCAUACCUACUGUGAAGCAUGGGGGUGGAAACAUCAUGCUUUGGGGCUGUUUUUCUGCAAAGGGACCAGGACGACUGAUCCGUGUAAAGGAAAUAAUGAAUGGGGCCAUGUAUCGUGAGAUUUUGAGUGAAAACCUCCUUCCAUCAGCAAGGGCAUUGAAGAUGAAACGUGGCUGGGUCUUUCAGCAUGACAAUGAUCCCAAACACACCGCCCGGGCAACGAAGGAGAGGCUUCGUAAGAAGCAUUUCAAGGUCCUGGAGUGGCCUAGCCAGUCUCCAGAUCUCAACCCCAUAGAAAAUCUUUGGAGGGAGUUGAAAGUCCGUGUUGCCCAGCGACAGCCCCAAAACAUCACUGCUCUAGAGGAGAUCUGCAUGGAGGAAUGGGCCAAAAUACCAGCAACAGUGUGUGAAAACCUUGUGAAGACUUACAGAAAACGUUUGACCUGUGUCAUUGCCAACAAAGGGUAUAUAACAAAGUAUUGAGAAACUUUUGUCAUUGACCAAAUACUUAUUUUCCACCAUCAUUUGCAAAUAAAUUCAUUAAAAAUCCUACUAUGUGAUUUUCUGGAAUUUUAUUUCUCAUUUUGUCUGUCAUAGUUGACAUGUACCUAUGAUGAAAAUUACAGGCCUCUCUCAUCUUUUUAAGUGGGAGAACUUGCACAAUUGGUGGCUGACUAAAUACUUUUUUUCCCCCACUGUAGCUUAUGCCUGCCCAUACCAUAACCCACCGCAACCAUGGGGCACUCUGUUCACAACGUUGACAUCAGCAAACCGCGCGCCCACACAACGCCAUACUCAAUGUCUGCCAUCUGCCCAGUACAGUUGAAACUGGGAUUCAUCCGUGAAGAGCACACUUCUCCAGUGUGCCAGUGGCCAUCGAAGGUGAGCAUUUGCCCACUGAAGUCGGAUACGACGCCGAACUGCAGUCAGGUCAAGACCCUGGUGAGGACGAGGAGCACGCAGAUGAGCUUCCCUGAAAUGGUUUCUGACAGUUUGUGCAUAAAUUCUUCGGUUGUGCAAACCCACAGUUUCAUCAGCUGUCCGGGUGGUUGGUCUCAGACAAUCCCACAGGUGAAGAAGCCUGAUGUGGAGGUCCUGGGAUGGUGUGGUUACACAUGGUCUCUAAAACGACAUUGGAAGCGGUUUAUGGUACAGAAAUGAACAUUUAAUUCCCUGGCAACAGCUCUGGUGGACAUUCCUUCAGUCAGCAUGCCAAUUACACACUCCCUCAAAACUUGAGACAUCUGUGGUAUUGUGUUGUGUGACAAAACGGCACAUUUUAGAGUGGCCUUUUAUUGUCCCCAGCACAAGGUGCACCUUUGUAGUGAUCAUGCUGUUUAAUCAGCUUCUUGAGAUGUCACACCUCUCAGGUGGAUGGAUUAUCUUGGCAAAGGAGAAAUGCUCACUAACAGGGAUGUUAACAAAGGUGUUUGAUGGGGUUGAGGUCAGGGCCCUGUGCAGGCCAGUCAAGUUCUUCCACACCAAUCUCAACAAACCAUUUCUGUAUGGACCUCGCUUUGUGCACAGGGGCAUUGUCAUGUUGAAACAGGAAAGGGCCUUCCCCAAACUGUUGCCACAAAGUUAGAAGCACAGAAUUGUCUAGAAUGUAAUUGUAUGCUGUAGCGUUAAGAUUUCCUUCAGUGAAACUAAGGGGCCUAGCCCGAACCAUGAAAAUCAGCCCCAGACAAAUUAUUCCUCCUCUACCAAACUUUACAGUUGGCACUAUGCGUUGGGGCAGGUAGCGUUCUCCUGGCAUCCGCCAAACCCAGAUUUGUCCGUCAGACUGCCAGAUGGUGAAGAGUGAUUAAUCACUCCAGAGAAUGUGUUUCCACUGCUCCAGAGUCCAAUGGCGGCAAGCUUUACACCACUCCAGCCGACACUUGGCAUUGCGCAUGGUGAUCUUAUGCUUGUGUGCGGCUGCUCGGCCAUGGAAACCCAUUUCAUGAAGCUCCCGACGAACAGUUAUUGUGCUGACGUUGCUUCCAGAGGCAGUUUGGAACUUGGUAGUGAGUGUUGCAACCGAGGACAGAUAAUUUUUACGCGCUACGUGCUUCAGCACUCGGCGGUCCCUUUCUGUGAGCUUGUGUGGCCUACCAUUUUUUUGUAUGUGGCUGCUAUGAAAGUCAACUGUUUGAGUGUGAUCAGGGUUGUAUUCAUUCCGCCGAUUCUGUUGAAAAACGUUUCUUAAAUGGAAGCAAAAGGAACAAAACGGGGAUAAACAUACCUGAAUUUGUCCAAUAGAAACUCUCGUUUGCAACUGUUCGACUAAUGAUUACACAUAGGUCAGCUAGAUGCAGGCAAGAGUGUUCAAGGCGGUAUUGAAUGUGUCACUGUCUGUCCAUGUGUCACUGUCUUUCACCUUCAAUCUUUCUCUCGACCUGUGUGCACCUACGUUGAAUUCAUAGGUUGUAGCAACCUCAUGAUGGGUAUAGGUACAAUUUUAGUAUCAUGUAGUAGCCUAAACCUAUCGACGUUAAACUGGGUGAAUGGAAUAUGAAUGACAGUCAUCCAAUAUGCUGUAAUAGAAAUAAGGCCAUGCGCAUUUAAAAAAUGUAUCGUCCUCCCUCAUCUUAAACGGCACUGACCGCCACUGAUUAGGAUGGGGAUAUUACUAAAACAACCAUAUACUGUAGUAAGUAGCUAUCAAUCUGUGUACCAUUUUAUGGAUGUCUGAAAUUCUCAUCUCUGUUAGGGCCAAUGGGUAAAUACAUGGUUUAUUGUCCUGAAUGGCCACUCUGCAUUGAGCAAAUGUUAGUUGUUCGUGACUGGUAACCAACUUCCUAUAGACAUAUUAUACAAAUGAUAACGGUAUUUUAAGCAACUUGCUGGAAAGAGCAGAGAAAUCCCCUCCUGGAACUCCUCAUUGUCAUGCCUGUAGAGAUAGUAGUAUGUUGACUGUACUGUGAGGGAAAAAAAUAUUUGAUCCCCUGCUGAUUUUGUACAAUUGCCCACUGACAAAGAAAUUAUCAGUCUAUAAUUUUAAUGGUAGGUUUAUUUGAACAGUGAGAGACAGAAUAACAACAAAAAAAUCCAGAAAAACGCAUGUCAAAAAUGUUAUAAAUUGAUUUGCAUUUUAAUGAUGGAAAUAAGUAUUUGACACCCUCUCAAUCAGAAAGAUUUCUGGCUCCUAUGAUUCAGAGGAAAACUGGGUGAAAGUGUUGUGGUCAGAUGAGACCAAAAUCAAGCUCUUUGGCAUCAACUCAACUCGCCGUGUUUGGAGGAGGAGGAAUGCUGCCUAUGACCCCAAGAACACCAUCCCCACUGUCAAACAUGGAGGUGGAAACAUUAUGCUUUGGGGUUUUUUUUCUGCUAAGGGGACAGGACACCUUCAACGCAUCAAAGGGACGAUGGACGGGCCAUGUACCGUCAAAUCUUGGGUGAGAAUCUCGUUCCCUCAGCCAGGGCAUUGAAAAUGGGUCGUGGAUGGGUAUUCCAGCAUGACAAUGACCCAAAACACAUGGCCAAGGCAACAAAGGAGUGGCUCAAGAAGAAGCACAUUAAGGUCCUGGAGUGGCCUAGCCAGUCUCCAGACCUUAAUCCCAUAGAAAAUCUGUGGAGGGAGCUGAAGGUUCGAGUUGCCAAACGUCAGCCUCGAAACCUUAAUGACUUGGAGAAGAUCUGCAAAGAGGAGUGGGACAAAAUCCCUUCUGAGAUGUGUGCAAACCUGGUGGCCAACUACAAGAAAGGUCUGACCUCUGUGAUUGCCAACAAGGGUUUUGCCACCAAGUACUAAGUAAUGUUUUGCAGAGGGGUGAAAUACUUAUUUCCCUCAUUAAAAUGCAAAUCAAUUUAUAACAUUUUUGACAUGCGUUUUUCUGGAUUUUGUUGUUGUUAUUCUGUCUCUCACUGUUCAAAUAAACCUACCAUUAAAAUUAUAGACUGAUCAUGUCUUUGUCAAUGGGCAAACGUACAAAAUCAGCAGGGGAUCAAAUACUUUUUUCCCUCACUGUAUACCAUGUUGGAACCAUAGAAAUAGAACCAAUCUAGGCAUUCUAAUUCUAAUCAUUCUAGUCAUUCUAAUCAUACAGUGCCUUUCAAAAGUAUUCUUCCCCCUUGCCAUCCCCCUUGGCGUUUUUCCUAUUUUGUUGCAUUACAACCUGUAAUUUAAAUGGAUUUGUAUUUGGAUUUCUUGUAAUGGACAUACACAAAAUAGUCCAAAUUGGUGAAGUGAAAUGAAAAAAAAUAUUUAAAAUAAAAAACGGAAAAGUGGUGCGUGCAUAUGUAUUCACCCCCUUUGCUAUGAAGCCCCUAAAUAAGAUCUGGUGCAACCAAUUACCUUCAGAAGUCACAUAAUUUGUUAAAUAAAGUCCACCUGUGUGCAAUCUAAGUGUCACAUGAUCUGUCACAUGAUCUCAGUAUAUAUACACCUGUUCUGAAAGGCCCCAGAGUCUGCAACACCACUAAGCAAGGGGCACCACCAAGCAAGCGGCACCAUGAAGACCAAGGAGCUCUCCAAACAGGUCAGGGACAAAGUUGUGGAGAAGUACAGAUCAGGGUUGGGUUAUAAAAAAACAUCAGAAACUUUGAACAUCCCACGGAGCACCAUUAAAUCCGUUAUUAAAAAAUGGAAAGAAUAUGCCACCACAACAAACCUGCCAAGAGAGGGCCGCCCACCAAAACUCACGGACCAGGCAAGGAGGGCAUUAAUCAGAGAGGCAACAAAGAGCCCAAAGAUAACCCUGAAGGAGAUGCAAAGCUCCACAGCGGAGAUUGGAGUAUCGGUCCAUAGGACCACUUUAAGCCAUACACUCCACAGAGCUGGGCUUUACAGAAGAGUGGCCAGAAAAAAGCCAUUGCUUAAAGAAAAAAAUAAGCGAACACAUUUUGUUUUCGGCAAAAGGCAUGUGGGAGACUCCCCAAACAUAUGGAAGAAGGUACUCUGGUCAGAUGAGACUAAAAUUGAGCUUUUUGGCCAUCAAGGAAAACGCUAUGUCUGGCGCAAAACCAACACCUCUCAUCACCCCGAGAACACCAUCCCCACAGUGAAGCAUGGUGGUGGCAGCAUCAUGCUGUGGGGAUGUUUUUCAUCGGCAGGGACUGGGAAACUGGUCAGAAUUGAAGGAAUGAUGGAUGGCGCUAAAUAAAGGGAAAGUCUUGAGGGAAACCUGUUUCAGUCUUCCAGAGAUUUGAGACUGGGACAGAGGUUCACCUUCCAGCAGGACAUUGACCCUAAGCAUACUGCUAAAGCAACACUCGAGUGGUUUAAGGGGAAACAUUUAAAUGUAUUGGAAUGGCCUAGUCAAAGCCCAGACCUCAAUCAAAUUGAGAAUCUGUGGUAUGACUUAAACAUUGCUGUACACCAGCGGAACCCAUCCAACUUGAAGGAGCUGGAGCAGUUUUGCCUUGAAGAAAGGGCAAAAAACCCAGUGGCUAGAUGUGCCAAGCUUAUAGAGACAUACCCCAAGAGACUUGCAGCUAUAAUUGCUGCAAAAGGUUGCUCUACAAAGUUGUGAUGAGGUGUGAAUGAAGGAGUCAGGCGCAGGAGGUUAAACACCGAAGUCCAGAGUUUAUACCAUUUACAUAAAUAAAACGCACAAAGCAUCAAAACGAAACUAUCACAAGGGAAAUAUUCCACCUUGGCAAUAACAAAUGGAAGAUUAGCUCAAUCGAGCUACUCGCUCUCACAAUGAAACAAUCACUCACAAAGACAAGGGGAACAGAGGGAACACUUAUACACAUACUACUUAGGGGAAUGAGCAGCAGGUGUGUGUGAUUGACAAGACAAGACAUGACAAGUGGAGUGAUGAGAAUGGGAUCGGAAGUAGCUAGUAAGCCGGUGAUGACGAACGCCGAAACCUGCCCGAACAAGGAGGGGAGGCAGCCUUGGCGGAAGUCGUGACAGUACCCCCCCCCCUUGACGCGUGGCCAGGAGGACGCGGAGCAGGGCGAGUCGGGUGACGACAGUGGAAAUCCCUCAACAGGGAGGGAUCGAGGAUGUCCCUCCUUGGGACCCAGCACCGUUCCUCCGGACCGUACCCCUCCCACUCCACGAGAUACUGAAGGCCCGACGCCUCGAAUCCAGUAUGGGAUCGACCGAGUAUGCCGGGGCCCCCUCGAUGUCCAGAGGAGGUGGAGGAACCUCCCGCUCCUCAGACUACUGGAGCGGACCAGCUACCACCGGCCUGAGGAGAGACACAUGAAACGAGGGGUUAAUACGGUAAUCAGGGGGGAGUAACAACCUGUAUGUAACCUCGUUUAUCCUCCUCAGGACAUUACACGGCCCCAAAUACCGCGGGCUCAGCUUCCGGCAGGGCAGGCGGAGGGGUAGAUUCUGGGUUAAGAGCCAGACCCGAUCCCCCGGUAUGAAAACCGGGGCCUUCUGCGGUGGCGGUCAGCGUUCGCCUUCUGACGACGCACGGCGCGCUGGAGGCGAACGUGGGCAGCAUCCCAAGUCUCCUCCGCCCGCCGAAACCAGUCAUCCACCGCAGGAGCUGGCUCUGGUGCCACGGUGCCAGGACCAGUUGGUAACCCAAAACACAUUGGAAGGGUGUUCGGUUAGUGGAGGAGUGGCGGAGAGAGUUCUGAGCGUAUUAUGCCCAUGGCAGGAACAUCGACCACUCCCCCGGCCGGUCCUGACAGUAGGUCCGCAGGAACCUACCCACAUCUUGAUUCACCGUUUCCACCUGCCCAUUACUCUUGGGGUGAAAUCCAGAGGUCAGGCUGACCGAGACCCCCAGACGUUCCAUGAGCGCCUUCCAGACUCUAGACGUGAACUGGGGACCUCGGUCGGACACGAUAUCCUCUGGUACCCCGUAGUGCCGGAAGACGUGAGUAAACAGAGUCUCCGCAGUUUGUAGGGCCGUGGAGAGAGCGGGCAGAGUUAGGAGGCGGCAGGACUUAGAAAAGCGAUCCACAAUGACCAGGAUAGUGGUGUUACCUUGGGAGAAGGGAAGAUCAGUAAGAAAAUCAAUACUAAGGUGAGACCAUGGUCGUUAUGAAACUGGUAAAGGUUGUAGCUUACCCGCUGGGAGGUGCCUAGGUGCCUUACUCUGGGCGCACACUGAGCAGGAGGAAACAUACACCCUCACGUCCUUAGCUAAGUUAGGCCACCAGUACUUCUCGGUCAGGCAGCGCAUUGUACGAUACCUGGAUGACCAGAGGAGGGUGACGUGUGUGCCCAGUAGAUCAGACGAUCACAGAAAAGCGCAGGCAUGUACUGCAGCCCAGCUGGACACUGCGGUGGAGAUGGAUCUGUGCGUAAUGCCUGCGCUAUAUCUGUGUCCAUCGCCCAUACUACCGGCGCCACAAUGCAUGAGGCCGGGAGUAUGGGGGUGUUGUCUCUGGGCCUCUCCUCUGUGUCAUACAGCCGAGACAGUGCGUCUGCCUUCACAUUCUUCGUACCCGGAAUGUAUGAGAGUGUGAAAUCAAACCGGGUGAAGAAGAGGGCCCACCUGGCCUGGCGAGGUUUCAGCCUCGUCGCUGCCCGAAUGUACUCCAGGUUAUGGUGGUCUGUCCAGACGAGGAAAGGGUGUUUCACCCCUUCAAGCCAAUGCCUCCACACCGUCAAAGCUCGGACAACAGCCAGCAGCUCCCGAUCACCAACGCCGUAGUUCUGCUCCGCCGAGCUGAGCUUCUUCGAAAAGAAUGCACAGGGGCAGAGCUUGGGUGGCGUGCCCGAGCAUUGGGACAAGACAGCGCCUAUCCCUACCUCGGACGCAUCCACCUCCACUACGAACGGUAGUGAUGGAUCGGGGUGAGCCAGUACCGGGGCGGAGGUGAACAGACCCCGCAAUCUACUGAAGGCCAAAUCAGCCUCAGCAGACCAGCGGCGCCGGGACGGCCCACCCUUCAACAAGGAGGUAAUGGGAGCUGCGACCUUGCCAAAGCCCCGAAUAAACCUCCGAUAGUAGUUGGCAAAGCCAAGGAAGCACUACACCUCCUUCACCGUGGUUGGAGUCGGCCAAUUACGCACGGCUGAAAUGCGAUCUCCCUCCAUCUCCACACCUGUGGUAGUAAUGCGGUAUCCGAGGAAGGAGAUUGACUGCUGGAAAAACUCACACUUCUCUGCCUUGGCAUAAAGAUCAUUUUCCAGCAGUCGGACCAGUACCUUGCGAACCAGGGACACAUGCUUGGCGCGCGUAGAGGAAUACACCAGGAUGUCAUCGAUGUAGACCACCACACCGCGACCAAGCACGUCCCGAAACACCUCGUUCACAAAGGACUGGAAAACGGAUGGAGCAUUCAUCAAACCGUAGGGCAUCACCAGGUAUUCAUAAUGCCCCGAGGUAUUCAUAAUCCUCCUGCGCUCUCUCGACCGGCGGCUCCCCCCAGCUCCAUCUGCUCGGGGUCAGAGUCGUCCGGAGUGGGAACGGGCAGACCCCUACCAGGACGUCCUCUGGCUGCUAGCAGAUUGUCCAGCCGGAUGGCCAUGUCCACCAGUUGGGAGAACAAUAGCAUGGCAUCACGGCAGGCUAGCUCCCAUCGGACAUCCUCCCUUAGGUGGCACUGGAAAUGGUCGAUCAGGGCCCGCUCGUUCCACCCGGACCCCGCUGCCAGCAUCCGGAACUCCAGCGCGUAGUCCUGUGCGGUCCUUGUCCCCUGCCUCAGAUGGACCAGUCGUUCGCCCGCCUCUCGACCCUCAGGCGGGUGAUCGAAAACGGCCCGAAAGAGGCGAGCAAACUCCCUGUAGUCCUCCAACGCGUCACCUCCCUCGUUCCACACCGCGUUGGCCCACUCCAGGGCUCUCCCACAAAGGCAGGAAACGAGGACAGAUACCUUCUCCCGCUCCAGUGGCGCCGGCCUGAUGCUGGAGAAAUACAACUCUAGUUGGAGCAGAAAUCCCUUACAUCGCACUGCCGUCCCAGUGGCCGGGAUAUCUGGAUCCCUCCAGGGGCUGGGGUGUAGGUGGCUGGAUCCGGUUGACCAGCUGGUCUCGAUAGAUCAGGUCCUCUCUUCUCCAGGCGUUGUACUACCUGAAGAACCCGAUCCAUCGCUCCCCCCAAGCUGGCCAGCAUCGAGGAAUGCUCCUGGACCCUUGCCACAACUCCAGGCAUGCGGUCUUCUCCUGCGGACUCCAUUCAGUGGGUGAGUGAUUCUGUGAUGAGGUGUGAAUGAAGGAGUCAAGCGCAGGAGGUAAAACACCAAAGUCCAGAGUUUAUUCCAUUUACAUAAAUAAAACGCACCAAGCGUCAAAACGAAAUUAUCACAAGGGAAAUAUUCCACCUUGGCAAUAACAAAUGGAAGAGUAGCUCAACCGAGCUACUCGCUCUCACAAUGAAACAAUCACUCACAAAGACAAGAGGAACAGAGGGAACACAUAUACACAUACUAAUUAGGGGAAUGAGCACCAGGUGUGUGUGAUUGACAAGACAAGACAUGACAAGUGGAGUGAUGAGAAUGGGAUCGGCAGUAGCUAGUAAGCCGGUGACGACAAACGCCGAAACCUGCUCGAACAAGGUAUUGACUUUGGGGGGGUGAAUAGUUAUGCACGCUCAAGUUUUCUGUUUUUUUGUCUUAUUUGUUUCACAAUAAAACAUAUUUUGCAUCUUCAAAGUGGUAGGCAUGUUGUGUAAAUCAAAUUAUACAAACCCCAAAAAAAUCAAUUCUAAUUCCAGGUUGUAAGCAACAAAAUAGGAAGAAUGCCAAGGGGGGUGAUGUCACACCCUGGCUCUGGGGACUCUAUAUGUUGAGCCAGGGUGUGUAUAUUCUAUGUGUUUUUUGUUUCUAUGUUCACAGUCUAGGAUUGUAUUUCUGUGUUGGCCAGAGUGGUUCCCAAUCAGAGGCAACGAGUGUCAGCUGUUGCUGGUUGUCUCUGAUUGGGAGCCAUAUUUAUACAGGCUGUUUUCCCACAAUGGUUGUGGGAUCUUGUUCCAGUUGGUUUUGUGUUUGUACCGUGGACUUCACGUAUCGUUUAUUGUUUUGUUUAUUGUGUGUACACUUAAUUAAAUAAGAUGUACAAAUCUCACGCUGCGCCUUGGUCUACUCAAUUCGACGAUCGUGGCAGAAGAUCCCACCAUACCAGGACCAAGCAGCGUGUCCAGGAGCAGGCAGCCUGGACAUGGGAGGAGAUAUUGGACGGAAAGGGUCCUGGACUUGGAAGGAGAUACAGGCCGGGAUGGAUCGGCAUCCGUGGGAAGAGACGGUGGAGGCGCGCCGUAGAGAGGAGCAGCGGCGCCAAACGGGUCAACGUCGGACAGGCGAGAGGCAACCCCAAAUAAAUUUUAGGGGGGGGGCACAUGGCAUGGACGACGGGGCUGCUGGAGGCAGAUAAGGGGCGAGUUCAGAAGGCCACCAGGUUACGGGAGCCAUUGGUGAGAAGAGGGAAGGAAGAUGUAGAGGCACGGCGAGAGGUACUGAGGUGUAUUGCCAGUCCGGUCCGGCCCGUUCCUGAUCCCCGUUUAAGGCCAGUGGUGUGUGUUCCCAGUACGGUCUGUUCCUGUCCCUCGCACCAAGCAUACGGUGCGCGUCGCCAGCCCAGCCCGGCCUGUUCCUGCCCCUCGCACCAAGCCUACGGUGCGCGUCGCCAGCCCGGCCUGGCCUGUUCCUGCCACUCGCACCAAGCCUACGGUGCGCGUCGCCAGCCCGGCCCGGCCUGUUCCUGCCACUCGCACCAAGCCUACGGUGCGCGUCGCCAGCCCGGCCCGGCCUGUUCCUGCCACUCGCACCAAGCCUACGGUGUGCGUCGCCAGCCCGGCCCGGCCUGUUCCUGCCACUCGCACCAAGCCUACGGUGCGCGUCGCCAGCCCGGCCCGGCCUGUUCCUGCCACUCGCACCAAGCCUACGGUGCGCGUCGCCAGCCCGGCCCGGCCUGUUCCUGCCACUCGCCCACCAAGCCUACGGUGCGCGUCGCCAGCCCGGCCCGGCCUGUUCCUGCCACUCGCACCAAGCCUACGGUGCGCGUCGCCAGCCCGGCCCGGCCUGUUCCUGCCACCCGCACCAAGCCAGGGGUGCGAGUCGCCAGCCCGGCCCGGCCUGUUCCUGCUCCACGCACCAAGCCAGGGGUGCGAGUCGUCAGCCUGGUAAGGCCCGUUCCUGCUCCACGCACCAAGCCAGGGGUGCGAGUCGUCAGCCCGGUACGGCCCGUUCCUGCUCCAUGCACCAAGCCAGGGGUGCGCAUCGUCAGCCCGGUACGGCCCGUUCCUGCUCCACGCACCAAGCCAGGGGUGCGUAUCGUCAGCCCGGUCCGGCCCGUUGCUGCUCCACGCACCAAACCAGGGGUGCGCAUCGUCAGCCCGGUCCGGCCCGUUCCUGCUCCACGCACCAAGCCAGGGGUGCACAUCGUCAGCCCGGUCCGGCCCGUUGCUGCUCCACGCACCAAGCCAGGGGUGCGCAUCGUCAGCCCGGUCCGGCCCGUUCCUGCUCCACGCACCAAGCCAGGGGUGCGCGUCGUCAGUCCGGCACAACCCGUGCCUGCUCCACGCACCAAGCCAGGGGUGCGCGUCGUCAGUCCGGCACAACCCGUGCCUGGGUCACCGGUGCCUGAUCAGGUACCGGUCAGCUGCUCCACACCGGAGCUUAAGCAAUCCGCUCCUUCGAUGUCCAGUCCAGCUCCAGCCAGCGGGGCCAGACCGGACCAGGGCCGUUACGGGGGGAUUAUUGGAGGGUGGUGGGCAAGCCCGGAGCCGGAACCGCCUCCGAGGAGGAAUGCCCACCCAGCCCUCCCCUGUUUGGUUUAUGUGGAGGCGCGGUCGCAGUCCGCGCCUUUGGGGGGGGGGGUACUGUCACACCCUGGCUCUGGGGACUCUAUAUGUUGAGCCAGGGUGUGUAUAUUCUAUGUGUUUGUGUUUAUAUGUUCACAGUCUAGGAUUGUAUUUCUGUGUUGGCCAGAGUGGUUCCCAAUCAGAGGCAACGAGUGUCAGCUGUUGCUGGUUGUCUCUGAUUGGGAGCCAUAUUUAUACAGGCUGUUUUCCCACAAUGGUUGUGGGAUCUUGUUCCAGUUGGUUUUGUGUUUGUACCGUGGACUUCACGUAUCGUUUAUUGUUUUGUUUAUUGUGUGUACACUUAAUUAAAUAAGAUGUACAAAUCUCACGCUGCGCCUUGGUCUACUCAAUUCGACGAUCGUGACAGGUGAAUACUUUUGCAAGCCACUGUACUAGUUCUGUGGUUGGAACAUUGAGUCCCUGUCUUGUCUCCAUGGCUCCUUGUCAUUGAGGUGCCAGGCAUAGGUUUCAUGGGUUUGCCACGCAAGAGUGUGACUUAACAUCAAGAGUGUGAGAUGAUUCCUGUCUCUGUGUCUGGCCAAGCCCAUCAUGAGUUGCCCAAAAGAGGACAUCAAACAGGCAUCAAACAAGGAACAGUCGAGUCACCAAGAUGGCCGCCGCCACCGCCGCUAACAAACAAAACAAUCGGGGCUCUCCCAUUUUAUAUUGAUUAUGUAAAACACACAUUAUGUUAUAGGCUAGGGGCUAAAAUUAUCAUCAUUCAUCACCUUCUUAGACUUAACUCUUUUUUAUGUAAUUUUUUGGGGAAUCCAGUCCACAUUUAAAGGAUGAACCUUACAGAUAUUUUCUAUGCAAGUUGUACUAGUUGAGAAGUAAGAGGUGGAAGGGCUUGCAUUUAAAUAUCUCAUUAUGCUGUAUUGUGAUACAGUACAAUGCUUCUCUACUACUGUCUGGGAAAUGUAAGAUCUCGUGAUUAGAUUCUUAGAGGAGCUGUACAAAUUGAAUAUCAAAGGGAACACUCUGUCUGCACAAAAGUAUCUGAUUAAUCUAAUCUACAGUACAGUGUGUCUCACCCGUGGUACUCUGCACUGAGUCAGCCAGGUCAGGAUGUCCCUGUGUGUUUACGAGCUGUGUCCCCAGUCAGUCCCCAUUAACGUAAGUAAUGACAUUUGCCUCUGCCUAGCCAUCUGGGUCCUGGCUCUGCCUCCUAAGGUUGCCUCCUGGAGUAGGAUCAUUAAAUGGAUAGUAUGAGGAAACUUGCUAUAACUCUUGCAGACAAGAUCGGAGAUACUCCCACUGCCACACCUCCUACUGCCACACCUCCAGGCUAUACCAUCCUCAGGGUGUCCUGUGAUAUUCCGUGCUCAUAGGGUGCUGGCUGGCUGUCUGACUUUCUGGCUGGCUGGUUAGCUGGCUGCUCCAGCCUCCAGGGUUUCUCAGGCUGGCUAGUUGGUGUUGGUGUGUGGGUCCAGCCCUGAUCAGGCUGGCUGGUUGGUGUGUGGGUCCAGCCCUGGGACCCUCCCUCCCCUUUUUACCUCUCCCUCCAGCUGCUGUGUCGCCAUGAGUCUGCUCCCUUGAAAUAUAAUAUCCUCAUCUGUGCCUCAUUUAUCGCUGGCAGGCCAUUACAACCCCUGUUUAAUCCCUGCUACAUUUGUGUCUUUGAGAAACGGAACCCUCUGAUGACUGGCUUUAUGAGAGGGGAGAUGUGUGUAGAUUUAUUUGGGGUGUGACUUUAGGAGCCCCCUUUUUUAUUAGGGCGCCAUAUUAAGUAACACCCGCCCCCCCCCCUCUCUGGUUUAGAUAUAUGACUGGGAACUGUACAUGACUUUAGAUGUUCAGCUGAUCACGUUGCAUGUUUGUGUUGUUGUAAGGCAUUUCUAGCAUGGAUUGGUACGGUUGGUAUAUUUAGCUGCCUGUAAAUAGGAGUGUUCUAUAAUAAUAAUAAUAUAAUAUGCCAUUUAGCAGACGCUUUUAUCCAAAGCGACUUACAGUCGUGCGUGCAUACAUUUUUGUGUAUGGGUGGUCCCGGGGAUCGAACCCACUUCUGAAUUGAUCAAUCAGCGUACAUUGGUCCUGCUUCUGCUGCUGCAUCCCCAUGAAACCUGAUAGGAGAACUACAUGUGAUGCAUCAUUCCUCAUCAUUCCAUUAUGCAUCGUCUAUAGCUGUCUGCAUUUACAAAUAAAAUGAUCACAAUCACAAAAAUCGCUUUGCACUAAUCAUGAGGAAUAAUCAAUCAACAGUUUACACAGUUAAUCAGUGGGAUACAUAAUUCCAAUUUUUUAAACAAUGCGCAAAGAUGGAGCAGGUGCUUCUGUUUUGUCCACAGCUGUCCCCUCCAGUGUGUGCCAGCAUCGACACGUGUAUGUCAGGCAUGUGGCCAACAGAAGGCAGACUGUCUACCAUGAUACAUGUACUGGUCUGCAUGAGGUCUGUGCCAACAUUUUGCAGGACAGUCAAAUAGUGUGAGUCAUGAGAUCAUGUUGUUGUACAAAGGAACUAAUACACCAUUUAAACGACCUAGAUAAGCAUUGUCACCAGGAGAAUAGAAGGGUGUACGCCAUAGGAGGAAGCAGGCAGCAGCGUUUAUACCGUCAAGUAUUUGGUAAAUAUACUGCAUCUAUCAUUCCACAAGGCUGUAGAGCAGCAGAGCUCUCUUCCUUCACAUAAAUCCUUGUGCAGCGGUACAUUACGGCCUUGCCUUAUUACAUGCCUUGCUAAGCAUUGACGCACGGAGAGUGAUGGAUAAGAGCAGGCAGACCAAUAGGUGUGGUUUCUGAGGCCUGGCUGGAGGUGGAUUUGAAUACAGCGCUGCCUGACUGCGUGUUUCUGUGGCAGAACUCGGUGCAGGUAUCGCCUUUCACAGCCUGCCUGCCUCAGAUCCAUCCGGAUAGGCAAGGGUGAGGCUGAGGGUGUAUCCUAAAUGGCAUCCUGGUCAAAAGGAAUGCACUAAAUAGGGAAUAGGGUGCCAUUUGGGAUUCAUGCUGAUGUUCAGGUACAGUGCCUUGCAAAAGUAUUCAUACCCCUUGGCGUUUUUCCUAUUUUGUUGCAUUACAACCUGUAAUUUAAAUUGAUUUUUAUUUGGAUUUCAUGUAAUGGACAAACACAAAAUAGUCCAAAUUGGUGAAGUGAAAUGAAAAAAAUUACUUCUUUCAACAAAUUAUACAAAAUAAAUAACGGAAAAGUUUUGCGUGCAUAUGUAUUCACCCCUUUGCUAUGAAGCCCCUAAAUAAGAUCUGGUGCAACCUACCUUCAGAAGUCACAUAAUUAGUUAAAUAAAGUCCACCUGUGUGCAAUUUAAGUGUCACGUGAUCUGUCACAUGAUCUCAGUAUAUAUACACCUGUUCUGAAAGGCCCCAGAGUCUGCAACACCACUAAGCAAGGGACACCACCAAGCAAGCGGCACCAUGAAGACCAAGGAGCUCUCCAAACAGGUCAGGGACAAAGUAAUGGAGAAGUACAGAUCAGGGUUGGGUUAGAAAAAAAUAUCCGAAACUUUGAACAUCCCAUGGAGCACCAUUAAAUCAAUUAUUAAAAAAUUGAAAGAAUAUGGUACCACAACAAACCUGCCAAGAGAGGGCCGCCCACCAAAACUCAUGGACCAGGCAAGGAGGGCAUUAAUCAGAGAGGCAACAAAGAGACCAAAGAUAACCCUGAAGGAGCUGCAAAGCUCUACAGUGGAGAUUGGAGUAUCUGUCCAUAGGACCACUUUAAGCCAUACACUCCACAGAGCUGGACUUUACAGAAGAGUGGCCAGAAAAAAGCCUUUGCUUAAAGAAAAAAAUAAGCAAACAUGUUUGGUGUUCGCCAAAAGGCAUGUGGGAGACUCCCCAAACAUAUGGAAGAAGGUACUCUGGUCAGAUGAGACUAAAAUUGAGCUUUUUGGCCAUCAAGGAAAACACUAUGUCUGGCGCAAACCCAACACCUCUCAUCACCCUGAGAACACCAUCCCCACAGUGAAGCAUGGUGGUGGCAGCAUCAUGCUGUGGGGAUGUUUUUCAUCGGCAGGGACUGGGAAACUGGUCAGAAUUGGAGGAAUGAUGGAUGGCGCUAAAUACAGGGAAAUUCUUGAGGGAAACCUGUUUCAGUCUUACAGAGAUUUGAGACUGGAAUGGAGGUUCACCUUCCAGCAGGACAAUGACCCUAAGCAUACUGCUGAAGCAACACUCGAGUGGUUUAAGGGGAAACAUUUAAAUGUCCUGGAAUGGCCUAGUCAAAGCCCAGACCUCAAUCCAAUUGAGAAUCUGUGGUAUGACUUAAAGAUUGCUGUACACCAGCGGAACCCAUCCAACUUGAAGGAGCUGGAGCAGUUUUACCUUGAAGAAUGGGCAAAAAACCCAGUGGCUAGAUGUGCCAAGCUUAUAGAGACAUACCCCAAGAAACUUGCAGCUGUAAUUGCUGCAAAAGGUGGCUCUACAAAGUAUUGACUUGGGGGGGCGGGGGGGGGUGAAUAGUUAUGCACGCUCAAGUUUUCUGGUUUUUUUGUCUUAUUUCUUGUUUGUUUCACAAGAGAAAAUAUUUUGCAUCUUCAAAGUGGUAGGCAUGUUGUGUAAAUCAAAUGAUACAAACCCCCCAAAAAUCAAGAAAAAUGCCAAGGGGGGUGAAUACUUUCGCAAGCCACUGUAGGUCUUCCUGCCAAGCUGGCUGCUCCAGUGACAAAUUCACUACAUUGGGGACAGCCUACAUUGCACCGUGUUUCUAAUACUACGGCAGUGCUGACACAGGCAAUGUCUACUGUAUAGUGUAUAUCAAGACUAUUUGUUUUGUAAAUACCAGAACAACACAAUUUCAUACUGUACUGUAUAGAAUAGGAUAUAGGAUCUUUUGAACAGUCAGCCUCAGAUACCACAGUGUGCCUUUAAUAUGUUUAGGGUGAAACUAAAGAGUUGUCUUUCUGUUUUACAGGUUAGUGUGAUUGUUUGAAACGCUGCUGCGACAAGGAGAGAUCUUCAACAUGAAUACAGGUGUGUAUCUGCCGGUGGACAGUUGUAUUGCUCUUCUUCAAAGGGUCUCUUUUGAAUAUCAUUCAAUCGUUCAGCCUUUUCUUUAUUCAAAACAGCCACACAAAGCAGUCCUCUCUCUAGGCCUUUGUCCAACAGAGCUGGAAGUGACUGGGCAUUCAUCUCAUGGCUCUGGUAAACCGGGCCUGUUUGUGAGUCUCAUUUUGUGGGCUUGACUUUUCUCCAAGAUAUUAAAGGAAGCUCCGCGGCUUACAAAAUAACUGGCCAUUCCACACCCCAGAGAUGCAAUGAAUAGAACAAAAAAAAAAAAAAAGUAAAGUAACUCUGAUUGUUUACCCAUGUCUACGUCCCAGCCAGACAGCUCUUCCUGUAAGCGGCAGGCCCUAGCCAGGAUGCUUUUUGUAUGAGUCAUGAGGAAAUUAUAAUUCUGCCUCUCUUCUUAUUGCAAGGCAUUGUCCGUGUUGGCAUUUGGGAUAAAAUCUAUUUUCUCAGUUGCAUGUGAUUUCCUCGCAUUCCUCAUAUUAAAGCACUGGAAUAAAAGCGGGCAGAUCACUUUUCAAAGUUUGCCCCAUUGAAAUAAUGCUGUAUUAGGCCUACAUAGUUUCUUAUGGAACAAUCCUCAAAUAUUUGCAUUGUGCAUGCAGUCACUCCCGCUGUGUGAGAUAGGCCUGCAUUAUGCACCGCCAUGCUACGCUUUCUGAUGAGUUUUCUGUGAGAGCUGCUCGAAAUGAUCCAGGAUACGUUUCCUAUUAUCAGCCCAUCAAAUCUACAAUAGAAAUUGAACCUAUUUCAAUGUACUAUACAUACAGUUGAAGUCGGAAGUUUACAUACACCUUAGCCAAAUACAUUUAAACUCAGUUUUUCACAAUUCCUGACAUUUAAUCCUAGUAAAAAUUCCCUGUCUUAGGUCAGUUAGGAUCACCACUUUAUUUGAUGAAUGUGAAAUGUCAGAAUAAUAGUAGAGAGAAGGAUUUAUUUAAGCUUUUAUUUAUUUCAUCACAUGCCCAGUGGGUCAGAAGUUUACGUAUACUCAAUUAGUAGCAUUGUCUUUAAAUUGUUUAACUUGGGUCAAACGUUUCAGGUAUCCUUCCACAAGCUUCCCACAAUAGGUUGGGUGAAUUUUGUCCCAUUCCUCCUGACAGAGCUGGUGUAACUGAGUCAGAUUUGUAGGCCUCCUUGCUCGCACACGCUUUUUCAGUUCUGCCCACACAUUUUCUAUAGGUUUGAGGUCAGGGCUUUGUGAUGACCACUCCAAUACCUUGACUUUGUUGUCCUUAGGCCAUUUUGCCACAACUUUGGAAGUAUGCUUGGGGUCAUUGUCCAUUUGGAAGACCCAUUUGCGACCAAGCUUUAACUUCCUGACUGAUGUCUUGAGAUGUUGCUUCAAUAUAUCCACAUAAUUUUCCUUCCUCAUGAUGCCAUCUAUUUUGUGAAGUGCACCAGUCCCUCUUGCAGCAAAGCAUCCCCACAGCAUGAUGCUGCCACCCCCGUGCUUCACGGUUGGGAUGGUGUUCUUCGGCUUGCAAGCGUCCCCCUUUUUCCUCCAAACAUAACGAUGGUCAUUAUGGCCAAACUGUUCUAUUUUUGUUUCAUCAGACCAGAGGACAUUUCUCCAAAAAGUACUAUCUUUGUCCCCAUGUGCAGUUGCAAACCGUAGUCUGGCUUUUUUAUGGUGGUUUUGGAGCAGUGGCUUCUUCCUUGCUGAGCGGCCUUUCAGGUUAUGUCGAUAUAGGACUCGUUUUACUGUGAAUAUAGAUACUUUUGUACCUGUUUCCUCCAGCAUCUUCACAAUGUCCUUUGCUGUUGUUCUGGGAUUGAUUUGCACUUUUCGCAGCAAAGUACGUUCAUCUCUAGGAGACAGAACGCGUCUCCUUCCUGAGCGGUAUGACUGCUGCGUGGUCCCAUGGUGUUUAUACUUGCGUACUAUUGUUUGUACAGAUGAACGUGGUACCUUCAGGCAUUUGGAAAUUGCUCCCAAGGAUGAACCAGACUGGUGGAGGUCUACAAUUCUUUUUCUGAGGUCUUGGCUGAUUUCUUUUGAUUUUCCCAUGAUGUCAAGCAAAGAGGCACUGAGUUUGAAGGUAGGCCUUGAAAUACAUCCACAGGUACACCUCCAAUUGACUCAAAUGAUGUCAAUUAGCCUAUCAGAAGCUUCUAAAGCCAUGACAUCAUUUUCUGGAAUUUUCCAAGCUGUUUAAAGGCACAGUCAAUUUAGUGUAUAUAAACUUCUGACCCACUGGAAUUGUGAUACAGUGAAUUAUAAGUGAAAUAAUCUGUCUGUAAACAAUUGUUUGAAAAAUUACUUGUGUCAUGCACAAAGUAGAUGUCCUAACCGACUUGCCAAAACUAUAGUUUGUUAACAAGAAAUUUGUAGAGUGGUUGAAAAACGAGUUUUAAUGACUUCAACCUAAGUGUAUGUAAACCUCCGACUUCAACUGUAUUUCAUGUCCAUAUAUUCAGUACCAAAAUUCUAAUGACAUUUUUCAUCAGAUAAUCCUGCCUUGCAUGCACAAUGACUUGCAUUAUGUGACAGAAUGCUUUAUUUAAUUUCAUUGGGAUCAGGCAUGAUUUGGGUUAAUCUUCUUCAUAUGCUUAAUCUUUUUUGCCAUGAUGCCAUAUUUUUAUGCAUUUGCUUUGGGGGGCUUGUCUGUCUGUUGGGGGGGCUUGUGUCUGUGUCUUUGUUGGGAGUCUGUCUUUGUUGGGGAGGCUUGUGUCUGUGUCUUUGUUGGGGGGGGGGGGCUUCCCUGUCUCUCACUCUUAACUCCCCAUAGCACUUCCCUGUCUCUUACUCUAAUUCCCCAUAGCACUUCCCUGUCUCUUAACUCUAACUCCCCAUAGCACUUCCCUGUCUCUCACUCUUAACUCCCAUAGCACUUCCUGUCUCUCACUCUUGACUCCCCAGGGCACUUCCCUGUCUCUCACUCUUAACUCCCCAUAGCACUUCCCUGUCUCUCACUCUUAACUCCCCAUAGCACUUCCCUGUCUCUUACUCUAAGUUCCCCCAUAGCACUUCCCUGUCUCUCACUCUUAACUUCCCAUAGCACUUCCCUGUCCUCUCACUCUUAACUCCCCAUAGCACUUCCCUGUCUCUCACUCUUAACUUCCCAUAGCACUUCCCUGUCUCUCACUCUUAACUUCCCAUAGCACUUCCCUGUCUCUCACUCUUAACUCCCCAGGGCACUUCCCUGUCUCUCACUCUUAACUCCCCAUAGCACUUCCCUGUUCUCACUCUUAACUUCCCAUAGCACUUCCCUGUCUCUCACUCUUAACUUCCCAUAGCACUUCCCUGUCUCUCACUCUAACUCCCCAUAGCACUUCCCUGUCUCUCACUCUUAACUUCCCAUAGCACUUCCCUGUCUCUCACUCUUAACUUCCCAUAGCACUUCCCUGUCUCUCACUCUAACUCCCCAUAGCACUUCCCUGUCUCUCACUCUUAACAACCAUGAAGAGAGUCCAGAGCUCACCAAACCUAUAUGGGGCAGCAGGUACUCUAUUCACUCCACUCAACUCAAAUAUACACCUCUAGUUUCUUCAAAAAUAAUAAUACCAUUUGAAAAUGCCCGCUUUCCAAAUUCAAUAUUCCUCCCAUCUGGGAUGUCUUCACAGCCUUUCCAUCCUUCAUCUCACAGGUUUCUCAUCCUCCUCUCCUCUCUCUCUCUCAUCUCUCUCUCUCUCUCUCUCUCUCUCUCUCUCUCUCUUUCUUUCUUUCUUUCUUUCUUUCUUUCUUUCUUUCUUUCUCUCUCUCUCUCUUUCUUUCUUACUCUCUCUCUCUCUCUCUCUCUCUUUCUUUCUUACUGGCUCAAGCAGCAUAGAGUCAUGUUGAUUACAGAUACUGUCUCUUCGACUUCUGAACAGUAGCUGGAUUGUUGCCAUAGUUGUGCCAGAACCAUGGUACUUUUUCCCACCUCAUUCUCAGCCUUGUUUCCUCUUGAGCAUGACCUCCUUUUUGACCUGUGACUUCACCCAAACAUAGAGCCAUUGUUUGAUCAUUCCAUGGACUGCAAGGUACCACAGUGUUGGGUUAAGAGUUUAUGAUCUGGCUAAACAAACAGUUUCUAUUCAUGGUGCUGUUAGGACUUGCUUUCUGUUAUGUGUGCUGCUGCUUUGAUCUGUCGUUUUCAGUGUCCCUUCUUCAUCACCCUCUACUCUCUGAUCCAUGGGGCUUUAAGUGGAUUUGUUUAUUCUCUUGCUUGUAAUACAUGAAGUUAGAUCAGUCAUCAUAUUUGAUGUUUUUCUUGACACGUUUUAAUUCGUUCCUGCCUUGAGGAAGAUUACUAAAAUGAUUUCAUCAGUUCCAUCACACACAUGAAAUACCAACUUUUUUAGUUUCUUCCAUCUAGGUAAUGAGUCUCACCUGUCAGAUUCAGGUAAGAACUCCAUCAUUCAUUAUUUAAUGAUUUUUCAUGACUUAAGUUGUUGAUACUCAAUCAGUGAAAUCCUCAGUAUAGAGCUGAGGCUGGAUCAAAUAACUAAUAUUGGUCCAGUUACCAUGGCUACAAUAAGCAGGAAAAGGCACAGGGCGUUGGGGAAGCGGACACUCAGAUGCUAUUUGUGCUGUGAUUGGCUGUUAGAUGUGUGGCAGUCGUACAGCGCCACAGAGAGCCUGAGGAACGGCGACGUCACCACUUCCUCCCUGGCCGCCAAAGGCUUCAGGAGCGUCAGACCCAAUCUGCAGGACAAGAGGUCUCCCACACCAGUGAGUCUCGUGGCUGGCGUUCAGUGUUUGUUUACCCCACAGUUGUUUUCCUCCCAGCACUGCUGUCUCCUGUCUCAUGUCUCUUGUCCCUGCCUGGCCUUUUCCUUCAACAGGAAAUGGAAAUGGAAACGCCCCUGGUCUCCGGACUGCGUCUGAAAUAGUACCCUGCCUAUAGUGCACUACUUUUGACGAGAGCUCUAGUAGUGCACUGUAUAGGGAAUAGUAGUGCACUGUAUAGGGAAUAGGGUGCCAUUUGGGACGUAUCCCAGGUUAAUUAAUGGUUUAAUUCAACAGCUGACGUCAUUCAUUGAUCUCCAUGAAGAACACUGAUAGUCUUUUUCUGAUGUGUUGUAUUGUUUUUUUGUCGGUACUGAUAUAAUUUUUCCAUUGCCGAGCUUGAAUGAUCUAUUGAGGCAUCUGAAAGGCUCUGGGGAGCCCUUGAGAAAAGGUUCUGUUUUAUCUGGAAGCUGUUGUGCAUUCUGUACUGCCUAUUGCUUUUAGCUGGUCAAGGCCAGGCAUCGCUGCUAAACCGAGCUAGUUUUUGUUUACAAAACCACUCUCUCAAAUGGACUACUUGUUGACAUAUAAGGGCAAAUGCACUGUAUAACCACCCAACCUGUUAAGGUUAGAGAGAAUGUUUGCUGCCAUAAAAAACAUUCUGACUCAGACUCAGAUCGCUGAGAAAAAGCUUUCUCUUUAUAGAGUAUAUUUUAAUAGUCACAGUACAGGGAUUAUUUGUCUCAACAGAAGAUAUUACAAUGCCUUUAAUAAUGGAUUUGUAUGUUGUCGUCUGUCUCUCUUCUGUGAAUGUUUUGGAAUGCCUUGGCUGAGUAAGGCCCCACCUCCUCCCAGUCAUAGCUCUCACCUGAGCCCUGUUGCCAGUUCCCCCCCACCCUACAGCCCUCCUCUGCCUGGACCUGGUGAAUGUUCCUCACUGGUCCUUAGGCACCGGUCCCACUCCUCAGAAUCCAUGUCCUCCUAUUCACACUACCCAGAGAACACCUCUCUCAAUCCCAACACCAGGUUAACUAUACCAAGCACCAGUAGCUCCUCCCAAACUGUCCACAGUCAACCACAGGGAUCCGACAUGGUCUCCCCAAGACUAACCCCGUUGCAGGCUACUGAGAGCGCUUACCCCCCUGGUGCACAGUCACACCCCCACCAUGAGCCUGUCAUUAAAGACAAGCCACCCCUCCCCCAGAGAGAGAGACACACCUCCUCCCUGUCCAUCCGCAUCACCCCACCCACCCCCCUGGUGGUCACAGUGCCCCUGCUCUGCCAGUACCCCCUCCCCUCAGCAGGGCCCCUGUGGACAGGACCCCAGGACACAGGGACGGCUCUCCUGCUCUCGCCCCCUGCAGGCCGACAAGUGGUAUAAACAUUUUCUAGUUUUUACUGACUGAACCAUCCCAUUUUCCUCUGUAACAUAUCAGUACCAGACACUCUUCACUAAUCAUUAGAGUAGUUCAUAGUAGCUAGGUUCUCCAGCACUGGAGUUAUUUUUGUGUCUGACAAGUAGUUUAUCAUUUCUGCCCUGGAGGACUCUGAGGUUUGAAUAGCUCAUUAGCAAGUGAUUAUGGUAAUUCGCCUUUGAAAAUUAUGGAUUUAUUUAUGAUAACCCUUAGGAAAUUGCAAAUAAAUGAUUUGCAUGUCUGUGUCUGAGAUCUCGUCCUUGCAUUAAUGCACCAUUACUAUAUUUCUGCAGCAAAGGAUUUUGUACGAAACCAAAUGUGUUAUUAUUACAACUGGAUCAGUUCCCCAACAUUAACUAGGAGACAGUACCUUUAUUUCUACUCUCAGGAACCAGAGCUCCACCUGGCUUUACUCAAACAUCACCUCUUCUCUCUCUCCACCUGCCAUCUCUCUCAGGAACCAGAGUUCCACCUGGCUUUACUCAAACAUCACCUCUUCUCUCUCUCCACCUGCCAUCUCUCUCAGGAACCAGAGUUCCACCUGGCUUUACUCAAACAUCACCUCUUCUCUCUCUCCACCUGCCAUCUCUCUCAGGAACCAGAGUUCCACCUGGCUUUACUCAAACAUCACCUCUUCUCUCUCUCUCCACCGCCCAUCUCACUCUACGAGCCGCCACUGCAGUGUAUGUGCUGUGUUUCACUCUUAACUCUUCUCUCCACAUUCAACUCUAGCUUCAGGUCCCUCCGAGACCGCCACACAGGCAGACAUCUCCUGAACUGACACUGCCAGCCUACCAGCCCCCCCUAAACAGGCCCUUUCAUAUCCAUCUCUCAUCUGACCCCUCAAAGUCCCCCAGCCUCCCCCCACCAGUCCCGGUGGGCCCCCGGACCCCCUCCCUGCCCCCCCAGGGCCCCUCCACCCCUGAGCCCAGCCAGAGCGGGGCCACCUCAGUCCUCAGCUGCUCCUACAGUGAUUUGUCCACUGCCGUUCUGGAGGAAGAGCUGCAACACUGUGCCCUGCUGUGUGCCACCGACAGGAGCUCCCAAACGCCCUCGCCCACCCUCAGCCAGACGUCGGCCAUCACCGACAACACUGCACUCACUGCCACUACCUCUACCACCGCCGCCGCUAAUGUAACUAUUCACCUGCUGUCUACCUGACCUGAGCUCACCCCUCUCCCUGUAACCUCUCCUCCCUGACUGUUUCAAAUCUCUCUUCUGAAACGGGCCUGAGUUCAGUCCUGAGACACUAACCAGACUCCAUCCUCUUGGGUUGAUUGGUUGAUAUUCUCUCCCCUCUCUUCACCUGAUGUGAGCUGUUGUGCCUCUCCAUCCUAAACAGCAGCUAAACAGCUCCUCUGCUUUGUCUUACUGUAUUUAAUGCUUUCUCUCAGGUUAAGGACUAAUGACAUUAGUUCCACAGCUUCUCCCUACUUACUAUAAUCGAUCAAUGUUAUAACACAAUAUCUGAAUGUGCCAGACACUAUGGGUUCAUAUCAUGGUUUUAUUAUGGCCCAUUAUGUUACGUCUUCCCUUGUUUUCCCUUACCCAACUAACAGUUACAGUAGGUGGAAAGCAAGUCAACUACAGUGUAACUAAACCAUACUUACACCAACCUUCUUAAUUCCAUGUUUGUGGAUGGUUAUUCUAUUUUCCCUUUACUGUGUUGGUACCAUUUUUAAUGCUGUCCUUUUUAUAAUCAACAUGACAAAUAACCACACACUGUUUGUCUAUGCCAAAUUCUCUGUCCCUGACUUCUUUAACGGCGAUGGAUUGGAUUUCAGUCUCUUCAUUUCUUUCUUUCUUUCUUUCUUUCUUUCUUUCUUUCUUUCUUUCUUUCUUUCUUUCUUUCUUUCUUUCUUUCUUUCUUUCUUUCUUUCUUUCUUUGUCUGUUUGCUGAGCUACUGAUGAUGAUACUAUUGUAUAUUCAUUAAUUCUCUCUCUCUCUCGCUCUCUCUCUCUCGCUCCCUUUCUCUCUCUCGCUGUCUCUGAUGUGUCUCUCAGAACUACAUGACAGUGAAUGGGAACAGAGGGAUCACGGGUAGCUCCUACAGUCACCUCCAGAGGCCCUUCUCCCCCAUGUCCUACCCCCCUCCUCCCUCACUCAGCCUCGGCCUCUUAACACAGGCCAGGAGUGCAGGUGAGUACUGCUUGAUAGCUCUAUCAGUUUACUUCCCGUCUUGAAACCUGCUGUAAAUCAGUGAUUGACUUAGACACACACACACACACACCUCUCUAAGGUCAUUUGCCCCUUGGCAAAAUAGCUUCAGUCUACAGUGCAGAAGAGUGUAGCCUGUGCAGGCACUAGUAAGCCUACAGCCUCUCACUCACUCCCAUGGCUAACUGAGUGUGUCAGUCCUGCUGGCGCUCUCAUGCACUAAUACACCUCUAACUAGAGAAGAAUCACAGCCCGACGCUAGCUGGAGCAUCUAGGUGCUUUGGCGUGUGUGUGAGAGAGUGAGGUAGAGAGCGAGGGGGAAGAGGGAAAGAGAGAGGGGGAAGAGGAGAGAGAAGAGAGGUGGAGCUCACGGCUCAUUGAGGCGCUGGUGGGGGUGUGUGCUCCUGGUUCGUCUGCAUCCAGUGAUCUCUGUAAUCCCGGUGGCCAAGUGACGCGGAUUAAAGCCUUAAUCUGAGGGAGGGGAUUAGAGUGGCUGAGACCAGGCUCUCUCUCUGUUUUUUUCCUAUCUUUCUUUCUCUCUUCACUAUUAUCGUCUCCUGGGAAGGAUCUAGUUCAACAUGUUUCUAAUCACUCCUAUAUACUAUAGGUCCUAGAAGAGAUAAGAGAUGUGUUUUGCUCUGUGUGUGUGGGGAGGAGGUUUUCUUUACCAGAGAGUGGUUGGUUUACCCAGUCUUUACCCACCAGUGUUUACUGUUUACCAACCUCACUCCCUGUCUGUCUGUCUGUCUGUGAGAUGACCUGGUCUGCAGUAGUGUAGAGUAGGCAUGGUUUGUCUCUUCUUUCCCACUCCUCCCUCCUCCUCAUCGUUUCUCUCCUUCCCCAUGGCUCUCCUGUCUGGCAGAGGUCCGCUCCCCAGUCUACCCCCGUAUGAGCCGCCCGCCCCCCACCACCCCAGCAGAGGAGGGGUACCAGGAGGUACCAGGAGCCCCAGGGGGUGGCGAGGGGGGGAAAGGCCCUCACUACGCAGGCAUCGGCCCCGUGGAUGAGUCUGGAAUCCCUAUCGCCAUCAGAACAGUGAGUUGACAAAGCCUGUGUCCCAAAUGGCACCCUAUAUAGAGAAUAGGAUAUAUAGGGAAUAGGGUGCCAUUUGGGACACACAGAGUAUACUGCUACUAGACUAGAGCAUGGGGCUUGUCUCUAUUUCAUACCCCUACUGCUAGGUUUCACCAUUCAACCUGGAUUUUACUAUACUCAGGAUUCACAAGGCACUUGAGGUGCUUAUAGUACUUGAAUUUGGCACCCUGAAAUUCAAAUUCAGACAUUUUCUCAAGUCGGUACUUGAAAAGUGCUUGAAUUAAAAUGAGAAGAGAACAGAAAAUGAUAAAAUAUGUUAAUAUGAAAAAUAUUAGAAAAAUGUAUUGGGCUUGCAAAUUAAUUUCCAGGCAGACUACCGAGUUUUAUUUCCUCACAUGUUUUGCGCUCUGGUUGUGAGGCGAGCUCGCUCAUUCCACUCACACUGCCACUCAGCCAGGCAGGUACAGAACUGACUGAUUCAAGCCUGCCUGGCAGGAUAUUGAUGUUUAUGAAUGGGUUUUGCCAGACCCAACCAGGUUUUGCCGUUUACGCACCUUUUUAUUUUGUUAAUUAUCGUUUACCCACUUAUUAUUGCGUUCCCAGUGUUGAUCAACGCUCAGAAGGCUUCUUGAUCUGAGUUCUAAUCGUUGAUCAACGCUCAGAAGGCUUCUUGAUCUGAGUUCUAAGUUGGCAGAGCAUGGCGCUUGUAACACCAGGGUUGUGGGUUCGAUUCCCACGGGGGGGCAUGGGGGCCAGUAUGAAAAUGUAUGCACUCACUAACUGUAAGUCGCUCUGGAUAAGAGCGUCUGCUAAAUGACUAAAAUGUAAUCGUUGAUCAACGCUCCGAAGGCUUCUUGAUCUGAGAUCUAAUCGCGACUACCUCUGCGAACAAGUGGAAUCAUGAAUGAUUCAUGUAUGCUCGUUAUGUUUGCGUGCUCCCCCGGAUUUGCCUUGUUAGCAGCGCAUUCAUUCACCACUCUGUCCAACGGGAAACUCUGCCCACAACAUAGGCCGACAGGUGAAACUAACUACCUCAGCCCAGACCUACAGUGGCAAGUAGCAAAGAGACGCCGCGACAGUGGGAAUCCUUUUAACAUCCCUUGACUCCUGCUGUGUCAACAGACAUCCUCCAAACAAACCCCCCCCCUCUCGGGGAAUGAGUGUACAACUGGUAAAUAGUCGCUGAUAUUUCAGUCAGAUGUCUAGCUAGCUAGGUAGCUCAAGGGCUCUGGCUAUUAGCCAGUUAGCUAGCUAUAACUAAAUGGCUAGAAGGAUGAAGUUAGAAGCUAAUGUUGAACGGAGCCUGACCUCAGCAGGAGCAGUUGACUGAAAUUAAGCUAGCUAUAAUCAAAUGAUGGGCUACUAUAAGUUCUCAUAACAAAAUACAUUUUCUUUACAGUGAGACAGACACUGGUGAGACAGUCUGCAAUGAAGGAGGCAAAAGAGAUACACAGAGAGAGGAACCAUUGAAGCAAGCAGGGAGAGAGAUUAGUAGCACAGUGGUUCCCAAACUUGGGGUCCGGGACCCAUGUGGGGUCCCCUAAAAUGUAAAUAGGGUCCCCUGAGAGAGUCUUUAAUCUUAUCAAACACAAUAACUUGUUUCUCUUUAAAUGGGUAUAGAACAUUUUAGAGUCAACUAAGGGCCUUUUACUCUGUCAGAAUUCACUGUCAUGUCGUUAUGUGUUGGGACAGCCUGUGGGACUUAACAUUUUGUGAAAUAUAAAGUUAAUUUAAAUAUAAAGACAAUUUAAUAUUAUUCAUACUGAACAAAAAUAUGAACGCAACGUGCAACAAUUUCAAAGAUUUAACUGAGUUACAGUUCAUAUAAGGAAAUCAGUCAACAUCAUCAGUCCUGACUUACCACUCAUGUAUGUACAUUUACAUUUACAUUUUAGUCAUUUAGCAGACGCUCUUAUCCAGAGCGACUUACAGUUAGUGAAUACAUAUUUUUUUAUACUGGCCCCCCGUAGUAAAUAAGUAGUGAAACACGUAUUAUUGAGGAGAGCUUGUGAGGUAGUGAUGAAUAGUAAGUAAGUAAUUUUUUUCUCAUGAGGUUGUGCCGAUAUACUGCCAUCUGGUGGCGACUAAAAACAAUUGCAUAAUAGGAGCUAUUACAAAUUGAUGGCCCUUGAAAAUAAAUAUUAGUGCUUGAAAAAGUACUUGAAAGUCCUUGACUUGCCGCUGUCUGUACGAACCCUGUACACUGUAUUUGUUUGUAUUGUCAUGAUGUGGGGUGUAUUAUGCAGUUAAACUAGACUAGAGAUGGGAGCUUAGUGCAUUAGGCCUAUAUCUUGUUUUGUAUUGAUAAUCCAUUAGGGCUUCUCUGCCAGCUUGUGGUUAAGGAUAUUUCAGGAAAAAAGCUAUCUUCUGAGCAACAGUGUAGCUUUGGUUCUCUCCCACCACCAGAGAGAUUUUUGCGUAGAUGAAUAGAGGCUUAUGUUGGUGUAAAACACAAAAGGUCAAAUGUUAUAGUGUUUUGUUUAAAUCCAGGCUCCCUUGGACGCACAGUGCAGGUAAAUGCCUGGGCCCUAUACACCAUGACUGUGUUUCUAAUCUCCAGUCAAUGCAGGUCAUCUGUGCCAGGCCGUCCCAGGACUGUAUUGUGGGAGGAGAAAUUGAUUUUCUGUCCCUGGUGUGUUUUAUGUAGCCCUGGGAAAAAGCAUGCCAACUGAGGUCAGCUUCAUUGGCAAGCCUGCAGACAAUUACUAUGUCUGCGUCCCAAAUGGUAUCCUAUUCCCUUCAUAGUGCAAUACUUUUGACCAGGACCCUGUAGUAGUAAUGUACUAUGUAGGGAAUAGGGUGACAUUUCGGACACAUCCUAUAUCUCAUUGUGUAAUGGUAACCUGAUCUAAUACAUUGAUAUGUACACUAAUAAUGUGGAUGUCUCUUUGUGUCCACAUCUCACUACUGUGUUUUGUGGGUGUUAUUUUUGGUAAAAUGGUGCAGUGGGGGUUUAUGAUUUUGUUGUAUGUUUUUCUUAAAGACCGUGGACAGACCAAAGGACUGGUAUAAGUCCAUGUUCAAGCAGAUUCACGUGGUACACAAACCAGGUAAGAGCUCAUUUCCAUAAUAACUACAGGAUGUAUUUCCACCUUACCUAUCUCUCCACUUGGCCAGGCCCUGAGGAGAAGGGAUUCUAAAUGGGAUUGUUAUAGUGCUAUUGUGACAUUGACCUCCAUUGAACUACAUACAUAGAGAGAGAGCUGACAACAGCUGACGAUUUGACAAUAGAGCAGCUUUGCUCAGCAGUCUGCAGUUUAGAGAAAUGUCAUUACUGGGAAUCUGACAGUGCAGUUCCUGCAUAAUGUGAGCCAGCUAGUGUUGACCCCACAGGGAUUACACAGUUCACUGGGUCACACACAUUGACAACAAUGACAUACAACCAUAUGCUUCAUAUUUUUUUAAUUAUCUCAGCAACACCUGCACACACUGCAUUGGUGGUGCCUUUUGUAAUACCCAUAUUGCAUUGGAAAAUAUGUUAUGAGCAGUCAUUGGCUCCUUAUAGCAGCCUAUACAAAUAUGAUAAUUCCUGUAAUAUAUUCAUAACGCAUUACACAUAGAUGGUGUUACCAUUUUCUUUGACUACAGGUAGAAUCGUCUUACAAAGAGAACAGCUUAAGAAAUGAAUCAAUGUAUGAAAACAAACAAAACAGUCAUUGCUUACACGAUGAGUUGGAGUACACUGCUAAUCAUCUUACUUUGGUGUUUAUCACAGAAAAUGAACAUGCGGACCCAUAUAAUACCACCCACACAGUAGUGAAUACCGGUAAGAAAUGUAUUAAACAUUUCAUCACAUGAAUCACACAUGAAUCAUAAGUAUUGUGUGCUGAGUGCCUGGAAUAUGAUAGAGAUACAUAUGUCACAAAUUUCACCAUUGAAUUCAUGCCUACAUUCUGGAUUGCAUCUGUCGCAUGCAUCUGUUGUUAUUACAGAUAGCCGUCAUCGCUCAGCCCCAGACUAUCGGCCAGCCAAGUCAUUGCAGACCAAUGCUCCGCCCCAGACCCACACGUACCGGCCAAUGACCAAGAGUGUGUCCGACAACGGCAUGUGCAACGUCUUCAGGAACACAAAUUCCUUAACCUCGCCCUCACCCGUGCCCCCCACACCCCCUCCCAUACCCUCAUCAGCACAUGUUCGAGACAGGGAGCGCGAGAGGGACAGAGGCACAGUAGACAGAGGCACGGUAGACACGUAAGACAAAAUUAUAUUAAAAUUCCUUUCAAGGGCCUCCUGAGUGGCGCAGUGGUCUAAGGCACUGCAUCGCAGUGCUUGAGGCAUCACUACAGACCUGGGUUUGAUCCCAGGCUAUGUCACAACCGGCCGUGACCGGGAGUCCCAUAGGGCGGCGCACAAUUGGCCCAGCGUCGUCCGGGUAAGGGGAGGGUUUGGCUGGGGGGGACUUUACUUGGCUCAUCGCGCUCUAGCGACUCCUUGUGGCGGGCCGGGCGCCUGCAGGCUAACUUCGGUCAUCAGUUGAGCAGUGUUUCGACCGACAUAUUGGUGUGGCUGGCUUCCUAGUUAAGCGGGCGGGUGUAAAGGAGUGCGGUUUGGCGGGUCAUGUUUCGGCGGACGCAUGACUCAACCUUUGCCCCUCCCGAGUCCGUUGGGGAGUUGCAGCGAUGAGACAAGGUCGUAAUUGAAAUUGAAAUUGGGAGAAAAAGGGGGUAAAAUAAAAAAUAUAUAUAUAUAAACACCAAAACUAAUUAAAAUGAUUUGGCAUGGUAACUUUUGGAACAAGUGGGCCAGUACCUAAUAAAAUGUCUCUGUAUCCUCUAACAAGAAACCAAUAUGGACCCCCUGACAGAAAGGUGGACACCAGGAAAUACCGUGCAGAACCUCGGAGCAUCUUCGACUAUGAACCUGGGAAAUCCUCUAUUUUGGAGCAGGAGAGACAGGUAAGGCCAGUCAGUCGCCACUAAACUCAUCCCAGCAAACCAAAAUUAGUUCUGUGAAAGUUCCCAGAACAUAACACAAAAACUGUCUAGUUGUGCUGAUAAAUAUAUAAUGUUUGUAUAAAACAUUUGGCUGGUGUUCCCAGAACAAAUUUAGUCUGUUCUUUACCUGGAAAAGUUUGGGCAGUGUUCUGUGGUGGUUGUUACAGAUGUUGUGUACAACAUUUUAGUGAAUGCUAGGAGAACAUUCCAAGGAUAUUUAAUUUGAAACAUACAGUACCUUCGGAAAGUAUUUAGACCCCUUGACUUUUUCCACAUUUUGUUACAUUAUAGCCUUAUUCUAAAAUUGAUUAAAUAUUUUUUUUUUUUAGCAAUCUACACACAAUAACUCAUAAUGACAAAGCGAAAACAGGUUUUUAAAUUUUUUUUGCAAAUGUAUUAAAAAUAAAGAACAGAAAUACCUUAUUUACAUAAGUAUUCAGACCCUGUGCUGUGAGACACAAAAUUGAGCUCAGGUGCAUCCUGUUUCCAUUGAUCAUUUGGUAUUUGGUAUUUUAUUAGGAUCCCCAUUAGCUGUAGCAAAAGCUGCAGCUACUCUUCCUGGGGUCCACACAAAACAUGAAACAUGACAUAAUACAGAACAUUAAUAGACAAGAACAGUUCAAGGACAGAACUACAUACAUUUUUUUUAAAGGCACUUUUUGCACAUUUCUGCAGCAUGGAAGGUCCCCAAGAACACAGUGGCCUCCAUCAUUCUUAAAUGGAAGAAGUUUGGAACCACCAAGACUCUUCCUAGAGCUGGUCGCCAUGCCAAACUGAGCAAUCGGGGGAGAAGGGCCUUGUUCAGGGAGGUGACCAAGAACCCGAUGGUCACUCUGACAGAGCUCUAGAGUUCCUCUGUGGAUAUGGGAGAACCUUCCAGAAGGACAACCUUCUCUGCAGCACUCCACCAAUCAGGCCUUUAUGGUAGAGUGGCCAGACGGAAGCCACUCCUCAGUAAAAGGCACAUGACAGCCCGCUUUGAGUUUGCCAAAAGGCACCUAAAGACUCUCAGACCAUGAUAAACAGGAUUCUCUGGUCUGAUGAAACCAAGAUUGAACUCUUUGGCCUGAAUGCCAAGCUUCACGUCUGGAGGAAACCUGGCACCAUCCCUACGGUGAAGCAUGGUGGUGGCAGGAUCAUGCUGUGGGGAUGUUUUUCAGUGGCAGGGACGAGGAGACUAGUCAGGAUCGAGGCAAAGAUGAACGGAGCAAAGUACAGAGAGAUCCUUGAUGAAAACCUGCUCUAGAGCGCUCUGGAUCUCAGACUGGGGCGAAGGUUCACCUUCCAACAGGACAACGACCCUAAGCACACAGCCAAGACAACGCAGGAGUGGCUUCGGGACAAGUCUCUGAAUGUCCUUGAGUGGCCCAGCCAGAGCCCGGACCUGAACCCGAUCGAACAUCUCUGGAGAGACCUGAAAAUAGCUGUGCAGCAACGCUCCCCAUCCAACCUGACAGAGCUUGAGAGGAUCUGCAGAGAAGAAUGGGAGAAACUCCCCAAAUACAGGUGUGCCAAGCUUGUAGCGUCAUACCCAAGAAGACUCGAUGCUGUAAUCGCUGCCAAAGGUGCUUCAACAAAGUACUGAGUAAAGGGUCUGAAUACUUAUGUAAAUGUAUUAUUUCAGUUUUUUAUUUGUAAUAAAUUAGCAAACAUUUCUAAAAACCAGUUUUUGCUUUGUCAUUAUGGGUAUUGUGUGUAAAAACAAUUUAAUCCAUCUUAGAAUAAGGCUGUAACGUAACAAAAUGUGGAAAACGUCAAGGCAUCUGAAUAUUUCCCAAAGGCACUGUAUAAUUCUUUUUUUUUUUAAAGUGUUAUAAAAAACAUUAUUUGAAUGUUUUUGGGAUGUUGUCAUCCUAAUGUUAGAUAAAUCCCAAACUAGAACUUAAUAGGAAUCUUAGUUAUGUUCAGGGAAUGUUCCUGUUUUGCUGGGACGACAUUUGAACUCUCCUAAAUGACCUUUGUUGAUAUCACUCCUCCUAGCAGGUAAUUAGCAGUGGACUAUUUCAGCAGCAGACCAUGUGCCCUGCAGGGUUCAUCUCAUUAGCUGAGCUGUUUGAAAUGCACCAUUGUUCUGAGGCACUUACGUGGAACAGGCCCAUAGUUUAUUUUGUGGCAGCAAUUCAUUUCAGUGGCAGUGCAAUUAGACUACCAAAGGUAUUUACUGUUUUCCUCUUUCCAGUAGGGGACAGUGGGGUAAGUUGGGCCAUUUGUUACAUUCAGCAUCACUCCGUCAAGGGAAAUAUAGUAUUAUUUCUAACAAAGAUAUCUACAUAUAUUUCAGGAUGUUGUGUAUCCCUGGAAAUAAUUCAGAAUUAAUGUAAACAUUACAGUUUUUAAAACAUAGCUUGUCCCAAAAAAGUGGUCUCUUAGCACAACUUACCCGGGUAUGGGGUAAGUUGAGCCGCGGACAGGGUAACUUAAGCUGCCUACAAAUUUCUGUACUGAAUGAAAUAUUACCACUACCUAUUUUAAACCAUGUCUGUCUUUAUUUCCCAAACACAACUCAACACAUUCACAAUCGCUUUUUUGUCUUUUAAUCAUUUUAAGUAUCUUUUAACAAAGGCUUAACACUGAACAAACACUUUGUACUUUUCUAAACACUUUUAACAUAGGCUAGACCCUGUUGUUACCUCAUAUCCAGGUCGUCAUUGUAAAUAAGAAUUUGUUCUUAAUUGACUUGCCUGUAUAAAUAAAGGUGAAAUAAAAAAUGAAAUAUAGCCCAGCGAUAAUGCCUUGCAUUACGCCUGGGAAGAAAACGCUUCAAUUUGCUAAAUUUGCCAUCGGCUCAACCAUUGGCUCAAUUUACAUUUUAGUCAUUUAGCAGACGCUCUUAUCCAGAGCGACUUACAGUUAGCACAUACAUUAUUUUUAUCGAACCCACAACCCUGGCGUUGCGAACGCCAUGCUCUACCAACUGAGCUACAUCCCCUGCCGGCCAUUCCCUCCCCUACCCUGGACGACGCUGGGCCAAUUGUGCGCCGCCCCAUGGGUCUCCCUUACCCCAAGGCAAACAUUUUGACUAUAUUAGCCCACAAAGCUACAAGGAUGCACUUUCAUGCUAGGUUUAGGACCUCAUAUUGAAGCUUAUAGAGACCCCAACUGAUGUAAUGAACAAUCUUAAAACUGCCUACGUUGGUUUAGAUACAAGCAUCAUGAAACCUCUUAACACAAUAAAUUAAUUUGACUUGAUAAAAAUCUGUUUUUUGGACCUAACUUGCUUACCACUUUUUCCAUGUGGUUUCUUCCUUCACAGACUCCAUGAAAUGAUGAUCUCUUCCUAAAUAUUUGGUCAAAUUAUUAAUUUUGUAUUCCUAGAAACAAGGGUGGCUCAACUUACCCUUUACCUCAACUAAACCUUGACCUCAACCAGCCCUUUACCUCAACCUACCCUAACCUCAACUAACCCCAGUCUCUCCUAAGCUAUAUUACCUCAAAGCUUGCUUGAGACUGCGGACAACUACCAUUGCAGUUCAGACUGAGGGUCUGUGUUAUUGCUUUCAAGAAGUGUAUUUGUCUCUGAAGGCUGAGAUGAUUCCCAAUGAGUGUUGCUGCAGUGCAUUCAGGCUCUGUUUCUCAGUGACAGUGUACCCUACUGCUCUGUGGAUAGAUCAAGGUUCAUGUUGUAAAUGUAAAUGUUCAUGUUGUAAAUGUAAAUGUAAUGUUGUGGUGACUUACUGUCCUCUGCUGGUGUGUUCGUGAGGUUACCUUGUGAAUGUAUGAAUUAGGCUGGUUACGAUGGUUUGAAUCUUAAGCAACCUGCCUACACAUUGUUUGAAGUACAAUAGACCAACAUAGCUACUGUAGUAGGUCAAUGCUGUGUGCUGGAAAACGUUGGUAGAGCAUGGGUGAAGUACGCAUUGUGGUGCUCAUAUGAAUUUCCUUUCUUUUUCGGCUUGAGAUCAAUGACUACUUCUCACUUAAAACAUAGUUUUUUGUUUCUAAUUAUAUAUUACUUAGUACCUUUUUGCAAUUGUUUUCCCAAUGUUGUUGUUCAUUUGCAUCCAUUUUACUCUGGCGUUAUCAGGAACAUCUCACCCUUAAUCGGGGGGUCGCUGUGUUGAUUCACCGCCGGAUGGAAGUCAGACGUCACUCCCAUCAAGCCGCUUCCGCUCGCCUAGCCUCCCUGAAUAAUCAUCCUCUCAUCUCUCACUCUCCUCGCCUCCUCUCCUCUCCUCUCCUCCUUCCGCUACCUCCUCCUUCCUCUCCUCUCCUCUCCAACCUGUCAAUCCAGAAUACUAGUAACUCAAACCCUGCUGAGGUAGAUUUAGAGGAUGAGCCUUGGUAUAAGUUCUUUGCUGAGCUGGAGUUUGGACGUCCGGUAAGUGAGGGCCUCUGUGGUUCUCUCCGUUAGCCGGCGCCAUUAGGUGCUAGUGUAUCGCCCCCUGGCUGCGGCUGCUAGCACUGCAGCCCCAUGGUGGGGAAUGUGUGGCCCUGUGCUAGACGUGUGCCCCAGUGGGAUGAACGUGUUGUGCACUAUUAGCAUAAUAGCAUGUCACAGGCGUCCCAAAUGACACCCUAUUCCCUUUAUAGUGCAUUACCUUUGACCAGGGUCCAUAGGGCUCUGGUCAAAAGUAGUGCACUAUACAGGGAAUAGGGUGUCAUUUGGGACGUAACCACAGUGGUUGUGUUUGUUCCACUGAUGAGGAAAAUGCUUGACCUCUGUCUGAAGAGAGGCCAGAAAUAACUGGCUGAAAUGACUGGCUGAAAUGGCUGGCUGAAAUGACUGGCUGAAAUGGGCAAAAAAUAUAUAUAUAAUUGACAAUGAUGAUGAUGUCGGUCCUCAGAUGGGGAUUGAAAAUGUUAUAUUUCUGCUCAGUUCAUCCAACAUUUUAGCAACGUGUUGUGCCACCGACCUGUGGUGUGAUUAGGCUUGUCGUUGUUUUACAUGCUUGACUGGACCUCACUGCAGUAGGGUAGAGGCUGCACUGUUCACUGAUGUGGAACGCAUGUUUGCAAUGAUGUUGUCAUUUAGCACAAGAGUGAAUCACAUGAUCUAUGGUGUGUAAAACUGCUUGUCAUAUACUCUUUGGACCUGCCUCAUAGCAACCACUUGAGCACUCUGACAGCUUUCACCACAGAGAUUGCAUUUUCAAUGUUCAUUUGAUUGCUUAUGCAUGUUUGACAGUAGCUUUUGAUAGAUCUUAUUCAUCCUUCCUUUUCUUCCUUUUGCUGUGUUUGGUGUGUGUGUGUGUGUGUGUGUGUGUUUGUUCACAUUUGGACAAGCAUUCACAAGUGUUUAUUUCUUUGUACACACAAGAGUUGUGUAGGUGCAGGGCUUAGUGUGUGAGUGAUCAGAUCCUCUGAUCUAUAACCAUGUAACUCUCUCCACAUGUUCCUUCUCAUUAUGCCUCUGCCUCCUCUUCCUCCUCCUCAUCUCCUCAUUCUCUGCCUCUGGAUUCAGCCUCCUAAAAAACGUCUGGAUUAUAUAGUUGAGGUAAACACCAUGCCACUGCAUGCCUGUUAUUCAGCCCCUACUGUUUCUGUGGAGAGUUACAGCAGCAGCAGUACAUUAGCAGUAGCAGUAGUACUAGAAGUACAGCAGUAGUAGUAGAGGUACAGCAGUAGUAGUAGAGGUACAGCAGUAGUAGUAGAGGUACAGCAGUAGUAGUACAAGAGGUACAGCAGCAGUAGUAGAGGUACAGCAGCAGUAGUACAGAGGUACAGCAGCAGUAGUAGUAGAGGUACAGCAGUAGUACUAGAGGUACAGCAGCAGUAGUAGAGGUACAGCAGCAGUAGUAGUAGAGGUACAGCAGCAGUAGUACAGAGGUACAGCAGCAGUAGUAUAGAGUACAGCCUAGUAUAGAGGUACAGCAGAGUAGUAGCUAGUAGGUAUAAGGUACAGCAGCAGUAGUAGUAGAGGUACAGCAGCAGUAGUAGAGGUACAGCAAGUUAGUAGUAGAGGUACAGCAGCUAGUAGUAGAGGUACAGCAGCAGUAGUAGUAGAGGUACAGCUAGUAGUAGCAGUAGUAGUAGUACUAGAGGUAAGCAGUCAGCAGCUAGUAGAGGUACAGCAAGUAGUAGAGUACAGUCCAGUAGUAGUAGAGGUACAGCAGUAGUAGUAGUAUAGGUACAGCAGCAGUAGUAUAGAGGUACAGCAGCAGUAGUAGAGGUCAGCAGCAGUAGUAGAGUAGCAGUAGUACUAGAGGUACAAGCAGUAGUAGUAGAGGUACAGCAGCAGUUAGAGUACAGCAGUAUGUAGAGGUACAGCAGAGUAGUUAGGUCAGCAGCAGAGUACUAGAGGUACAGCAGCAGUAGUAAGAGGUACAGCGCAGUAUAGAGGUACAGCAGAGUAUAGAGGUACAGCAGCAGUAGUAGUAGAGGUACAGCAGCAAGUAGUAGAGGUACAGCAGUGCAGCAGUAGUAGUGCUAGAGGUACAGCAGCAGUAGUAGAGGUACAGCAGCAGUAGUAGAGGUACAGCAGCGAGUAGAGCAGAGUAGUAGUAGUAGUAUGUCACAUAUAGUAGGUACAGCAGUAGUAGUAGAGGUACAGCAGCAGUAGUAGAGGUACAGCAGCAGUUAGUAGUAGUAGAGGUACAGCAGUCAGUAUAGGUCAGCUAGUAGUAGUACUAGAGGUACAGCAGUAGUAGUAGAGGUACAGCAGUAGUAAGGUCACGUAAGUAGUAGGAGUAAGCGCAGUAGUAGAGGUACAGCAGUAGUAAGAGCGGUAAGAGGUACAGCAGAGUAGUAGAGGUCAGCAGUAGUCUAGUAGGGUACAGUAGGACAGUAGUAGUAGAGGUACACAGUAGUAGUAGAGGUACAGCAGUAGUAGUAGAGGUACAGCAGCAGUAGUAGAGGUACAGCAGUAGUAGUAGAGGUACAGCAGUAGUAGUAGAGGUACAGCAGCAGUGUAGGUACAGAGAGUAUAGAGGUACAGCAGUAGUAGUAGAGGUACAGCAGUAUAGUAGUACAGUAGUAGUAUACAGCAGCAGUGUAGAGGUCAGCAGUUAGUAGAGGUACAGUCAGUAGUAGUAGAGGUACAGUAAGCAGUAAGUAGUAUGAGGUACAGCAGUAGUAGUAGAGGUACAGCAGUAGUAGUAGAGGUACAGCAGUAGUAAUAGAGGUACAGCAGUAGUAGUAGAGGUACACAGUAGUAAGUAGAGUAGUAGUAGAGGUACAGCAGUCAGUAGUAGAGGUACAGCAGUAGUAGAUGUACAGUAGCAGGGGUACAGUAGUAGAUGUACAGUAGAGAAGUACAGUAUAAGUACAGUGUAAGUACAGAGUAGAAGUACAGAGUAGAGUACAGUAGAAGUACAGAGUAGAGUACAGUAGAAUACAGAGUAGAGUACAGUAGUAGCAGUACAGUAGUAGCAGUACAGUCAGUAGAAGUACAGUAGUAGAAGUACAGUAGUAGCAGUACAGUAGUAGCAGUACAGUAGUAGCAGUACAGUAGUAGAAGUACAGUAAAGUAGCAGUACAGUAGUAGAAGUACAGUAGUAGCAGUAUCAGUAUAGCAUACAGUAGUAGUCAGUCAGUAGAGAAGUACAGUAGUAGGCAGUAGAAGCAGUACAGCAGCAGCAGUACAGUAGCAGCAGUACAAUAGUUGAGGUACAGCAGUAGGAGUACAGUAGUAGAAGUACAGUAGUAGCAGUACAGCAGUAGUAGUACAGCAGUAGAAGCAGUACAGUAGUAGAGGUACAGUAGUAGAAGUACAGUAGUAGAAGUACAGCAGUAGAAGUACAGUAGUAGCAGUACAGCAGCAGCAGUGCCCCAACUGGCGCUGGAAGUACUCUCAGGAAGGGCUGAAACUACCCUCGGAAGGGCCUUGAAGUCUAUUUUACUCCAAAGAACACAGUCACCCAUUGUUUGUUUUGUUUUUCAUUUUCAUAGCAUUUCAUAG